GAAGGCCGUGUUCGUUUUCCGAGGCGGCAUCGGCCGGCAAUUCGCAUUCGACCGACGUCUUGGUUUAAAGAGUCUCGGGGACAAGACUUUUGAUGAUGACUUGACUUCUGCCGACUGGAGAGUGAGCCGCGGCCUAUAAACACAGAGAGCAUAGACGAAAGCUUGAGAUAAAAAAAAUAAUACGACGACGAAGAAGUAGAAGAAGAAGCAGCAGCAGCAGAAUUAAUAGAAAAGGCGACGAAUAGAGAAAAAUAUAACCGGAUUAUCAGUUGUUCGAUCUUUCGGUUAGUCUCUUUCUUUUUUUUUCGCUUCGUCCUCUCGUCGAACCGGGUUAGAGAUCCGCGAGUGACGCGACACGGCAUCGAUUGUCUAUCGAUUUAUAGCUCGACAGUUUUUUUGAUGUUGGUGAGUGCCGCCCAGUGAGUGCACCGCAGCGGGAAGUUUUCAACGCGCCGAGGCGAUCCUCGGUGAGAAGCGAGAAGCGAGAGGGGAAAGAGAAUCGCGACCGAAGGGAGAAGAAGUUCCCCGGUAGAACGUCGACGACGAAGAAUUCAAAUCGAGCCAGCAGACGCACACGCACACGCACAUAUACACACACACACGACUUGGAUUUCUCCACUGAUCCAAAAUGAAGCGACAAACGUCUCAGCCGCAGCAACAGCCGCAGCAACAACAGCAACAGCUGCAGCAACAGCAGCAAACGGUGACGAGCCAGCAGCAGCAACAGCAGCAGUACAUUCAACAGAGAACCGAACGACAGUUCACCACCCGACAGCAGAUCACCAGUCAGCAGAGAGUUCAAGGGGAGAUUGUGAUGCAGUCGACGCCCACGGUACCAACAUUUACCGGCAGACCCGGCGACCCGUCGCCACCGGUCUUCGAGCAAAUCUUCAAGAACGCCAGAUUCGCGCAGGGCGGCAACGCGAUCUUCGAGGGUCGUGUCAGGGGCAACCCGAAGCCCACCGUUUCCUGGACGCACAAGGGUGCCCCGUUAUUAGAGUCAUGGAAAAUUCGGAUGUCUUACGACGAUAAAACUGGAACGGUCACCCUGCAGAUUAAUCAGAUUGGUCCGGGAGACGAAGGCGAAUACACCUGCAGUGCUAAAAAUCAAUAUGGCGAAGCGAUUUGCUCGGUCUACAUACAGCCAGAAGGAUUCGGGCCUCCGCAGCAGCAGAUGGGCGGCUACAGAAAGGAAUACGCGCAGAGUUUCCAGUCGACCGAACAGAAGAGCCAAACGGGAAGCCAGAGUUUCCAACAGCGUAGCUAUCAGCAAACGAUUGACAAACGAAGCUACAUGAACGGAUCUACCACCAGCAUCGAGGACUUCAAGGUCGACACGUUCGAGUACAGGCUGCUGCGAGAGACAGAAUUUCGAGAGUCGAUCACCCGCCGUUUCGUGGGCGAAUCGGACGUGCAAAUUUCGACGACGGUGGACCGCAGCCUCGGACCGGUUGCACCUCCGCAAUUCGCGCAGAAGCCGAGAAACUCGAAGCUUGUCGAAGGAUCCGACGCCGUUUUCACAGCGAAGAUAUCCGGCAACCCGAAACCGAGAUUGACUUGGUUUAAAAAUGGCCAAAGGAUCCGCGACUCGCAACGCGUGGAGAUGAGCUACUCGAACCAGCAGGCCACGCUCAGGAUCAGAGUCGCUCUGCCGGAAGACAGCGGCCACUACACCUUGCUCACGGAGAAUCCGCAAGGCUGCACCGUCAGCUCCGCCUACCUCGCCAUCGAGUCCAGUAGCGAUCAGGUGGAUCAGGCUUACCAAGCCUAUCAGAAGGAGGCAGUCAAGACUCAGCAAGUAGAAUCGACCGGCGAGUCCGAGUCGGGCAAAGUUCUGCCGCCGAAUUUCGUUCGCACCUGCACCGAUCGCGACGCCACCGAAGGAAAAAUGACUAGGUUUGAUUGCCGCGUGACCGGCCGCCCUUACCCGGAAGUGACAUGGUACAUAAACGGGCAACAAGUGGCCAACGACUUCACCCACAAGAUCCUGGUGAACGAGUCCGGCAACAAUUCAUUGAUGAUCACGAACGUGAGCCGGUCGGACGCCGGCGUUGUCACCUGCGUAGCGAGAAACAAAGCCGGCGAGACCUCCUUCGAAUGCAACCUGAACGUUAUCGAGAAGGAGCAAGUGGUCGCGCCGAAGUUCGUCGAACGAUUCACAACAACGAAUGUCAAGGAAGGCGAACCGGUCGUGUUCAUGGCGCGCGCGGUUGGCACACCUGUGCCGCGUAUCACCUGGCAGAAGGACGGUGUGCCGGUAACGCCUGGUCUCGACGUGCGUAUAUCGACAGACGGAAGCGGAGCUUCGACUUUGGACAUAUCCUGCGCGAAAUUGUCGGAUGCAGCUUGGUACCAAUGCACAGCGCAGAACGUAGCCGGCUCCACAGCCACCCGAGCUCGGCUUUUCGUGGAGACACCGAAAGGAGCAAUCCCCGAACCAAGACGCCUGAAUUUACCCCGACCGACGAAAGUCAUCGAACCAGAACCUGCGCCUGGCCCCGAAGUGAUUUAUUUGCGACACGUGGAACGCGCCAAGCCGUAUUUGCCUCCGCCCGAGGAGGACAGAGUUUAUCCACCGCCACGUUUUAUUAUACCACUGAAGGACGUCCAUCAGAUCGAGGGUGGACGAAUUCACUUCGAGGCCAGAAUCGAACCGGUGGGCGAUCCCACCAUGAGGGUAGAGUGGUAUGUCAAUGGAAGAGCUCUCGAUGCUAGUUCCCGAGCGACUUCCAUUUUCCGAUUUGGCUUCAUUUCUCUCGACCUCAUCAGCAUCGUGAUCCAAGACAGCGGUGAAUACGUGUGCCGCGUGGUGAGUUCGACCGGAGUCGCUGAAUCUCGAGCUACCCUCAGCGUCACAGCACGCGCGACAAUCGAACAGGCAAGCCAACACCCCGAUAGCCUUCAAUAUAUCCAACAGCUCGAGGAUUACUCGAAAUAUCAAAGGCAGGAGAGUGUGGAGGAGAUCUCUCCACAGCGGCCGGCCUUCAUCCGACCGCUCCAGGAUCUAGGAGAGCUGCAGGAAGGUCGGAACGCCCAUUUUGAGGCGCAGCUGACCCCUGUUAGCGAUCCCACGAUGAAAGUGGAGUGGUACAAGGAUGGCAGGCCAAUCACAGCAAGCUCAAGAAUCACAACCAUCUUCAACUUCGGGUACGUCUCGCUCAAUAUAAUGCACCUACGAGCUGAAGAUGCGGGUUCUUACACCGUGAGAGCUGUGAACCGCUUGGGAGAGGCUGUCAGCUCCGCGUCUCUCCGUGUCUUUGCACGCACAAGCGUUACCUCCGAAUUGGGUAUCCCCGAGCAACAGCGAUAUAUUGAAGCUGCCGAGGAGUUGGAAGCCUAUCAACAGGCCAUGCACCAGAAGUACGUACAGGAGCAGCCUGAACCGACUAGCCCACCGGACUUCAAGUCACCUAUCAAGGAUCAGAACAGCAUCAGAGAGGGCGGAUUCGCCCAUUUCGAAGCACGUUUAGAGCCAGUCGGCGACCCCGAUCUCAGAGUCGAAUGGCUCAAGGAUGGACGCCCUGUAGAAGCUAGCUCACGUAUCACGACGUUCUUCAACUUCGGCUACGUGGCGCUCACCAUUAAAUACGUAACGAUCUACGACGUCGGUGUGUACACGUGCCGCGCCUACAACCGCGUUGGCGAGGCGCACACCACCGCUCAAUUGAGCGUGAUCAGCAAGAACGAUGUGAUCUAUGAUAGCCAACACCCCACCGGACUUCAGAAAAUACAGAGCCUCGAGGACUCGAGCAGAUACUCGCGACAGGUGCAGGAGGAGACACAGGUGACCCAGGCGCCCCGGUUCCUGGGCAAUCUGAAGGGCACCAACAAGAUCGUCGAGGGGCAACGUGCCCACUUCGAGGCUCGUGUCGAACCUCAGAGCGACUUAACCAUGAAGAUCGAAUGGUACCACAACGGGAAACCGAUCACUGCCGCGAACAGAAUUCAAACCUACCACGAUUUCGGAUACGUCGCCAUCGAUAUACUUCAAGUCAGAUCCGAGGACGCCGGGACUUACACCGUCGUCGCCAGGAACGCCCUCGGCGAGGCUCGAUUGGCUGCCACCAUGGUUGUGGAAACACGGUCCGGCGUGGACACGAGCAGCAUGCACCGGGUGUCCUACGAGAAAACGCAGCGUCUCGAGGAAUCGAAGUUCGUCGAGCCGCACUACCACAUCGAGGAGAUCUCGAAAUCGAAGCCGAUCUUCGUUCAGCCAUUGAGCGACCCGAAGCCGGUCAGCGAGGGCAAGAACAUCCAUCUGGAGUGCCGGUUGGAGCCGAUGGGCGACCCGACGAUGAGGGUCGAAUGGUUCCAAAAUGGCCGACCGGUCACCGUCGGCUCCAGAUUCAGAACUUACUACGACUUCGGUUUCGUCGCUCUGGACAUCGUGCACUCGACCGUCCUCGACUCUGGGGAAUACACCGUCAGAGCCACCAAUCAUCUUGGCACUGCUCACACGUCGGCCUGCGUCCGGGUCAUUGGAAGAUCCGACAUCGUCACCGAGACCCAACACGAGCAAUCCUUGGAGCAAAUUCAGAUGCUGGAGGAUUCGUCGAAAUACCGCAGGACUCAACAGGAAGAGGUGACCGUGAUGCAGGCGCCGCAGUUCACCCGACCCCUGCACAACAUCGAAACGGUGGAGCUGACCAAUGUGCACCUUGAGUGCCGUCUUCAGCCCGUCGGCGACGCCACGAUGAAGGUCGAAUGGUUCGUGAACGGUAGAGCAGUGAAGACCGGCCACAGAUUCCGGCCAUCUUAUGAGUUCGACUACGUGGCGCUCGACAUCCUUGGCGUGUACCCAGACGACUCGGGCGUCUACACCUGCCAAGCCAGGAAUCAGCUCGGCGAGGCGGUCACAUCCUGCUCCGUCCGCGUGCACGCCAAGAAGGAUCUUCUUCUGGAGACCCACCAUCCGGAGGGCUUGGAAAGGAUACAGUACCUGGAGGACGCGUCCAGGUACAAGAGACACGAGAUCGUCGACGAGGUUGUCACCGUGAAGCCCAGAUUCAUCACCGCGCCGAAGAACCAGGAGAACCUGCGCGAGGGUGAACACGCCCACUUCGAGUGCAAAUUGGAACCAGUGACGGACUCGAACCUGAAGGUCGAGUGGUAUAAGAAUGGUCGUCCGGUUACAAUAGGACACCGAUUCCGUCCGAUACACGACUUCGGCUACGUCGCUCUGGACGUGAUCGACCUGAUCGCCGAGGACUCCGGCACCUACACCUGCCGCGCCGUGAACCUCGUCGGCAGCGACGAGGUGUCGUGCACCCUGUCCUGCCGAUCGACCGCCCAGAUAUUGACGGACACUCAAAACGAGCUCGGUCUCGAGCGGAUCCACUAUCUCGAGGAUCGGACCAAGUACCAUCGCCAGGAGGUCGUCGAGGAGACCACCACCCAGGCACCGAUCUUCACCACGUCCUUGAACAAUGUCGAGAUCAAGGAGGGACAGAGGGCGCACUUCGAGUGCAGGCUGAUCCCCGUGUCCGAUGUGACGAUGAAAGUCGAAUGGUUCCAUAACAACAAGCCGGUCAAAGCCGGCUCCAGAUUCGUCGAGACCAACAGCUUCGGAUUCGUGGCCCUUGACAUAAUGUACGCCUAUCCUGAAGACUCCGGCACCUACACUUGCCGGGCCAAGAACAUCAUUGGGGAGGCUAUUACCUCGGCCACUGCGGUUGUGCACUCGAAAAAAUCAAUCUACAUGGAGACACAAAACGAAGAGACCCUGCAACGUCUUCGCUAUUUGGAGGACACCUCGCGUUACCAGCGCAAAACGACGACGGAGGAAACCGUUACGCAAGCACCGGUCUUCACGAUGCCGAUCAAAGAUCUCAAAGUCGCAGAAAAUCAGGCGGCACAUUUCGAGGCUCGCGUGAUUCCUGUCGGCGACUCCAAAUUGAAAGUCGAAUGGCUGAGAAACGGCGUUCCUAUUUCAGCUUCCAAUCGCGUGACCACGAUGCACGAUUUCGGCUACGUCGCUCUGAACAUGAAGUACGUUAAUCCCGAGGACUCGGGUACUUAUACUUGCCGUGCAGUGAACGACCUCGGCGAAGCAGUCACGUCGGCGACCCUCUUCGUUCAAUCGAAAGCGGCGCUGCAAUUGGAGUCGCAGCACGAGAGCGCGCUGUCGAAGAUCCAGAUCCUGGAGGACACCAGCAGGUACCAGCGCCGCGAGGAAGAGGAGAUCGUCGUGAAAGAGAAACCCCGGUUCACGGUCCAACUGAACGGGCCCACCAACCUAGUCGAAGGUCAAAGCGCACACUAUGAGUGCCGUAUCGAACCUUACCCCGACCCGACCAUGAAGGUCGAGUGGUUCCACAAUGGGAAACCACUCUCGAUCGGUCACAGGUACAGAACCACCUGUGACUUCGGGUUCGCCGCUUUGGACGUUCUGACCGUGUACGCCGAGGACUCCGGCACGUACACCUGCCAGGCCACCAAUAGACUGGGAUCGGCCCAGAGCUCGAUCAAUUUGAACGUGAAAUCCCGUGCCUUGAUCAUUCGCGACACCCAGCACGAGAGCGCCCUGAAGAAGAUACAGUACCUCGAGGACGAUUCCCGGUACAAGCGCACGGACCAGGAGGAUCUGAUCAUCGCCGAGAAACCGAAAUUCGGCCGGCCGUUGAAGAACAUCGAGCACCUGCCGGAAGGGAAGAGCGCCCACCUCGAGGCGACCUUGACGCCCGUCAACGAUCCGACGAUGGUUGUCGAAUGGUACCGGGACGGCCGACCGAUCCCACAGGGUCACAAGUUCAAGACCACCUACGACUUCGGCUACGUCGCCCUCGACAUCCUCUACGCUUAUCCCGAGGACUCCGGCACCUACAUGUGCAAGGCGAGAAACGCUGUCGGCGAAGCUGUCACUACGUGCGUCAUCAGCGUCGACUCGAAACAAGGUCUCUAUUUGGACACGUUGGACGCCCAGCGUUUGCAGAAGAUCCGCGAAUUGGAGACCGUGGAGGUGAAGCAGGAGGUCGAGAAAGAGGUCGUGCACCAGAAGCCGGUCUUCCUGACGCCGCUUAACAACCUGGAUCACCUAAAGGAAGGCGAGCACGCGCACUUGGAAUGCCGCGUCGAACCGAUCAACGAUCCAAACUUAAAGAUAGAAUGGUUCGUAAAUGGCAUCGCAGUAAGAACUGGCCAUCGCUUCCGCAAAACCCAUGAUUUCGGCUAUGUGGCACUUGAUAUCUUGUACACCUACCCAGAAGAUGCUGGCACUUACAUGUGCAAAGCUACCAAUCUUGCUGGCGAAGCUGUCAAUACGUGCACCAUCAAAGUUGGCUCUCGCCGAAGCAUUCUUUUGGACACGCAACAUCCCGAUGGUCUAGAGAAGAUCCGUGAACUCGAAGCUCAUGGACAUCCGGCGAGGCUGGAGGUUGAAGAACCGCCCGUCACUCCGCCGAGAUUUGUCACCGAACUGAGGGGUACUACGGAGGUGUACGAAGGUCAAACAGCUCACUUCGAGUGUCAAGUGGAGCCCCUGCAUGACGCGAACUUGCGAAUCGAGUUCUACCACAACGGCAAGCCUCUGCCAUCCGCUGCCAGGUUCCACGUGACCUUCGACUUCGGCUACGUGGCGUUGGACAUCGGCCACGCGGUUCCCGAAGAUGCUGGCCAAUACUCGGUACGAGCCAUCAACGCCCUCGGCCAGUGCGUUUCGUCGAUCGAGCUCCGCGUCAUCCCCAGGGACAACAUUAUCCUGGAUUCCCAACGACCCGAGGGCAUGGACAAGAUUCGCGAGUUGGAGUCCCAGCAGCCUUGGAAACGUCCGGAAGUGCCGGAACCGCAGACGAGACAGCGACCCGUCUUCACACAGCCGUUGCAGAACAUCGACGCCAUUCCCGAGGGGCAGACUGCUCACUUCGAGUGCCGGCUGAUUCCUGUUGGAGACCCGACCAUGAAGGUCGAGUGGUUCAGAAACGAGAUGCCGCUCGAGACAAGCUCGAGAAUAACCAAAGUCCACGAUUUCGGAUUCGUGUCCCUGGACAUAUCGCACGUGCGCGAAGACGACGAAGGCGUCUACAUGUGCCGAGCUACGAACGCUCUCGGCGAAGCUGUUACAACGGCGUCGAUGAGGAUCAAGAGCAAAGCCAGUAUCCAAUUGGACAGUCAACAUCCGGAGGCGCAGCGCAAGAUUGCUCAGCUCGAAGCGGACAAGCCGGGUCGUGCCGAGGAGCCGGAGAAGGUGUUCGACAAGCCGAUCUUCACGCAGCUGUUGACCGGCCCCACGGAACUCUGGGAGGGUCAAAUGGCAAGAUACGAGUGCAGGGUCGUGCCCGUCGGCGACGCCAGCCUGAGAUUCGAAUGGUACAUAAACGGAAUCGAGCUGAAGAUGGGUUCCCGUUUCCACGUGAGCCACGACUUCGGUUACGUGACCCUGGACAUCCUGAAGGUGAUCACGGAGGAUUCGGGCGUGUACACAUGCAAGGCGAUCAACAAGGCCGGAGAGGCGGUGUCCUCGAUAUCCUUGAAGGUGAAAGCACGUUCGGCGAUCGACGCGGACAGCCUGCAGCCGGAUGCUUGGCAGAAGAUCCAGCUGAAGGAGGCGGAGAUGAACAAGGUGCCGGAGAUGUUCGUGGACACGACGCCGCAGCAGGCGCCAGUAUUCACGAAGCACCUGGAGAGCCACGACAAGCUGGUGGAGGGCCAGCACGUCUACCUGGAGGCGCAAGUGGAACCUAGAGCCGACCCGAAUCUGCGGGUCGAGUGGUUCAAGAACGGGAUAACCCUGCAGACCGGCACCAGGCUGCGCAGCACGUUCGACUUCGGUUUGGUGACGUUGUCCAUAAACGGGCUGCGGCCCGACGAUUCGGCUAUUUACACCUGCAAGGCGACGAACCUGCACGGAGAGGCGGUGUCCACCUGCAGUUUGAAGAUCGUCGACCGGCACUGGCUGCUGGGCGACACCCUGCAUCCGGACGCCCUGCCGAAGAUCGACGCCCUCGAACAGCCUCACCCCGGCAGCGCGGAGCAGCCGGAGCCAAUCUACGAAGAACCCGUAUUCAUCACUCAUCUGAACAACGUUGAAUGCAUCGAGGGCGACAACGCGCACUUCGAGUGCAACGUGGAGCCGUCGAAGGACCCAACUAUGAAGGUCGAAUGGUUCAUAAACAGCAAGCCGCUGCCGACCGGGGCCAGGUUCAAGUCCACCUACGACUUCGGCUACGUGGCCCUCGACAUCAACCACGCGUACGAGGAGGACUCCGGCGUGGUGAUCGUGAAGGCGACCAACUCGAAGGGCUCGGCGCAGACCUCGGGCACCUUGAAGUGCACCAGCAAGCAGAGCAUCUACCUGCAGACCCAGCACCCGCAGGGCGAGGCCGGUUUAAAGAAGGUCGAAGAAGCCGAGGACGCUUAUCUAUCCAAGUACAGAAGACCGGAAGAAGGACCGGAGCACGAAUACCCGAAGCCGAUCUGGACGGUGCCGCUUCAGCCGGAGUUCAAGUUGGGCGAGUCGGAGCCGCUGCACCUGGAGGGCCAGGUGGAGCCGAAGGAGGACCCGAACCUGAAGAUCGAGUGGUACUUCAACGGGAAAGCGUUGGAGCACGGGGCCCGCUUCAAGAUGACCAGCGACUUCGGGUUCGUCACGCUCGACCUGACCGACGUCUACGACCGGGACUCCGGCAUCUACACCUGCAAGGCGUACAACAAGGCCGGCGAGGCGUUCACGUCGACGACGGUCUAUUGCUCGACCAAGGAGAACAUCAUCGAGAGGUCGCAGCACCCGAAGGGCAAGGAGGGUCUGGAGGCGAUCCAGGACCUGGAAGAGUCGCUGAAGCGGCAGGAGGGCGGCCCGCCGGAAGCCGAAGAGGGUCACCCGCCGGUCUUCACGUCGCAGUUCGAGAACCUGACGAACCUGUCCGAGGGCGAGAUCGCACACUUCGAGGCCUCGUUGACGCCCACCGGCGACCAGACCAUGGUCGUCGAGUGGUUCUACAACGGGAAGUCGCUGGAGGCCAGUCACCGGACGAGGACCGUCUACGCGUUCGGCAUGGUGGUCCUCGAGGUGCUCGGCACGAAGAUCGAGGACUCCGGCACGUAUUCCUGCCGGGCGACGAACAAGUGGGGCCGCGCCGAGAUCAGCGUGCAACUGGAGUGCGUCGACAAGUCGAAGGGCCAGAAGCCGAAGUUCACCACGCAGAUCCAGUCGCUGGAGGGCCUCAAGGACGGCCAGUCGGCCCACUUCGAGUGCACUUUGAUCCCGGUCGGCGACCCGCACAUGAAGGUCGAGUGGUUCCACAACGGGCAGCCGCUGCGGCACUCGUCCCGCUUCAAGAUGGUGUCGGACUUCGGGUUCGUCGUGAUGGACAUCGCCGGCGUAAUGGCCCACGACACCGGCGAGUACGUCUGCAAGGCGAGCAACAAGUAUGGCGAGGAUUACACCAAGGCUACGAUCAAGUGCUUCGGCAAGAGCGGCGUCUAUCUGGACUCCCUCCAGCCGGACUCCCUCGCCAGGAUCCGCGAGCUCGAGAGCUUCGCCGGCGAGCAACCGGCUACGCCUACCACGCCGGUCGCCGAGCCGCCGAAGUUCAUCACGCAGAUCGUCGACAUCACCAGGCUGGUCGAGGGACAGUCCGCCCACUUCGAGGCCAGGCUCACACCGGUCACCGAUCCCGACUUGAAGGUCGAGUGGUACUACAACGGCAAGAAACUGCCGCACGGACAUCGCUACAGGACCUUCCACGACUUCGGCAUCGUCAUUCUGGAUAUAUUGUACUGCUACGAAGAGAACUCCGGCGUCUACGAGUGCAGGGCCUACAACAAGUACGGCGAGGAUACUACCAAGGCAACAUUGAAGUGCUACUCGAAGGCUAGUCUGAUCUUGGAGUCGCAGCUGCCGAAGGGCAUGGAGGGCGGCUUGGAGAAGAUACAGACACUCGAGGACUCGAUGAUUCGCACCAAGGACGAGAAGGUUGUCGAGGAGCGCGGAAAGGCUCCGGUGUUCACCGUGCCCUUGAGCAACAUCGACGGCCUACGUGAGGGCGAGAGCGCGCACUUUGAAGCUAGAAUCACGCCUACCGACGAUCCAAAGUUAAAGGUCGAAUGGUUCUGGAACGGCAAGCCGCUGCGCACCGGGUCCCGUUUCCGCACGUUCUGCGACUUCGGCUUCGUGAUCCUCGAGAUCUCGCCGAUCUACCCGGAGGACUCCGGAGAGUACAGUUGCCGCGCGUCGAACGAGUACGGCGAGGCCGUGACCACCUGCACGAUGAAGUGCACCGGGAAACGCAGCAUAAUCCUGGAGUCGCAGCUGCCCAAGGGCAUGGAGAGCACGAUCGACAAGAUCGCCGAGCUGGAGGGUCUCGGUAACGAGCCGAGCGCGGCCGUCCCCGAAGACGACACCGGCAAGCCGCCGGAGUUCAUCACGACCCCGUCCGAUCUGACCUUGACGGAGAACUCGCUGGCGCACUUCGAGUGCCGGCUGACGCCAAUCAACGACUCGAGCAUGAGGGUGGAGUGGUUCCACAACGGGAAGCCGCUUCUGGCCGGCAGCAGGAUCAAGACGAUCCAUGAUUUCGGCUUCGUGAUCCUCGAGGUCGCCAACUGCUACCAACGCGACUCCGGCCUCUACACCUGCAAGGCGACCAAUCGCCACGGCGAGGCCACUGUCUCCUGCAAGCUGCAGGUCCGCGGCCGUCAGGGCAUCAUCCUGGAGCCCCAACUUCCGUCCAACUUCAAGACCGGCACCGAGAGCAUACAGAAACUCGAGGAGGCCCUCUACAAGAGGGACGAGAUCCUGACCGAGGAGGAGACGCCGAAUCCUCCUAGGUUCACCGUCGACCUCAAGGACAUCGAGGUCGAGGAGGGAGCGGCCAGUCACUUCGACUGCAGGGUCGAGCCGGUCGGCGACUCCACCAUGCGUAUCGACUGGUUCCAUAACGGACGAUCGUUCGCCACCGGGUCCAGAGUGCACCAGAUCAACGAUUUCGGAUUCAUAUCGCUCGACAUGUCCUACACGUACGCCAGGGACAGCGGAGAGUAUGUCUGCAGGGCGACCAACAAGUGGGGCUCUGCCACCACCAAGGCUACCAUCACCUGCAAGUCGAAGAAAACGAUCGACUUCGAGUCCCAGCUACCAUCUGGCAUGAGCGGCGAAAAGCUAAAGGAACUGGAACGCGGACCGAUCAGCGAACCACCGCCGGAGGAACCGGUGGCGCGUCAACCACCGAAGUUCAUCACUCAGAUCCAAUCGGCGACCGUGGACGAGUCGGAGCCGGUCAGGUUCGAAUGUCGCGUGGAGCCAAAGGACGAUCCUAACCUGCGCAUCGAAUGGUAUCGAAACAGUAAAAUGAUCCCGGCCGGACACAGAUACAGAAGCACAUACGACAUGGGAUUCGUCUCUAUGGACAUACUUUACGUCUAUCCGGAAGACUCCGGCGAAUACGUGUGCAAGGCCAUCAAUGAUUUCGGAGAGGACACUACCAGGGCAUCGGUUUCGUGCAAGAGAUUGCCCAACAUCAUCCUGCAGAAUCAAGUGCCGAAGGGUAUGAAGAAGUCGGAGGCGUUGAUGCAAAUGGAAGCGACCAUCAAGAAGUACACGUCGGAGGUGCAUUUGACCGAGGACGACCUCUACGACGCGGACAAGAAGCAGCCUCCGCGUUUCGUCACACAGAUCCUGGACCAGACCGAGCUCGUCGAGAUGAACAGCACGAAGUUCGAGUGCCAGUUGGCGCCGGUCGGCGACCCGAACAUGAAGGUCGAGUGGUUUUUCAACGGCAAACCGUUGCCCCACAAGAACAGGUUCACGCCAAUCUAUGAUUUCGGUUACGUCGCGAUGAACUUCGGCUGGGUCUAUCCGGAGGACAGCGGCGAGUAUCUCUGCAGAGCGACCAAUCUCUACGGCAUGGACGAAACUAGGGCGGUGAUCCGAACGGCUGGCAAGCCUGGAAUCAUCUACGAGUCUCAGCUGCCGAAGGGCAUGAAGAGCAUCGAGAAGAUCAGAGAGAUGGAAGCCGCAUGGCAGAUAGUACCCGAGGAGGAGGGCGAAGAAGAGAAGGUGCGCGCGCCGCCGACGUUCGUCAGCAAACCGGAACCUGUGACCGUUGAAGAGGGCGAUUGGUCCAGAUUCUGCUGCCGCGUCACCGGUCAUCCUAGACCACGUGUCAUGUGGAUCAUCAACGGACACACCGUGGUCAACGGAUCGCGGUACAAGCUGACCUACGACGGCAUGUACCACUUGGACAUCCCGAAGACGAGGCAGUACGACCACGGGAAGGUCGAGGUGAUCGCCCGCAGCUCGGUGGGCGAGGCCCGCACCGAGACAAGUCUGACGGUGAAGGCGAGGAGCGACGAUUAUCGCGGCGUGUUGAAGAACUCGCCAAGGCCGUGGUAUGAUUACGGGCUGACCCAAUACCAAACGGAACGACAGAACACAGAGCUCGAGAAAGUGUUCGACGAGAGGCACCACAACGUGUCCCAAGGUAUCGAGAUCGCGACCGAGCAUCUCGGCCAGAAGGUGAUCAAGGAGCCCGAGACCGACUGGCAGAAGUCCGUCAAGAGCAAGAAGAACGAGGACUAUUACAGCAAGCUGAUGAACCUCGAGGAGGAACAGGUGCUGAAGGAGAGCAGGCUCAGGGAGUCCAGCCACCAGUUCGCCAUUCCCGGGGAGAAGAUCGUCGCGCACUCUGUCGCCAAGGGAAUGGCACAGAAGUACGAAGAGACCUUGGAGGACAAAAAGGACGAGGCGACGACCCAGGAGACAACACAGGCCACGAAGUUCGUGAAGAAGCCGUUCACGACGGAGGUGGACAUCGACGUAGAGCGUAGCAAGGUCAGCGGAAAGUAUCCGCCGGGUCCGUCGGAGUCGACGAUCCACGGCCGGGAGGUGCACGUGGCGAAGCAGAAGCAGACGCAGAAGGAGGUGAAGGGCGACCUGGAGAUUACGAGGAAGAUAACGGCCACGGAAACCACCGAGAUGGAGCACAAGGCGAAGACCCAGGAGCGCGUCGUCGAGGGCUCGGUGAAGCCGGCGAAGCCGCCUGUCUUCACCAAGAAGAUCCAGCCGUGCAGAGCGUUCGAACAAGAACAGGCACGCUUCGAGGUCGAGUUCGAUGGCGACCCAUUGCCGACCAUCAAAUGGUACCGCGAGGACUUCCCGAUCCAGAACUCGCCGGAUCUGCAGAUCUACACGUUCAGCACGAAGUCCGUGCUGAUCGUCCGGCAGGUGUUCAUGGAAGACUCCGGCGUGUUCUCCGUGAUCGCUGAGAACAGGGGCGGUAAAGCGAAAUGCAGCGCCAAUCUGGUCGUCGAGGAGCGCAGGAGACAACCCGGGCGUGGCGGAGUGGUGCCACCCAGUUUCCUCUCGACCAUACAAAACACCUCGGUGACCACCGGCCAACUGGCCAGAUUCGACGCUAAAGUCACUGGAACUAAACCUCUGGACGUUUAUUGGUUAAAGAACGGCAAGAAAGUAACAGCGGACAUCCGUUAUAAGACGCUCGAGGAGGACAACAUUUACACUCUGCUGAUCCUGGAGACGGUGCCGGAGGACUCCGGGAAGUACGAGUGCGUUGCGCUAAAUAGCGCCGGAGAGGCUCGUUGCGACGGCGAGUGUACUGUACGAGGGCCACAGUCGCCUACGAAAAUGGCGAAGCCAACGACGCCUGGCGUCGAGAAGGCUCCGGCGGUUCUGGAGCCGUUGAAAGAUCAAACGAUCAGAGAGGGAACGGCUGUUGCGUUCUCGUGCAGGAUUUCUGGGAAACCGGUACCAACGGUGCAAUGGAAAAAGGGCGACAAGGUAAUCAAACCGUCCAAGUACUUCCAAAUGCAGAAGGAAGGUGAUCUCUGUACUUUGAGGAUCUCGGAAGCCUUCCCCGAAGACGAGGGUGUUUACAAGUGCAUCGCCAAGAAUCCAGCCGGCGAUGUCACCACGUCGGCUAAUCUCAGAGUCCUUGCCCCGGACGCGGCCGAUACCCUGCCCAAAGUGACACCGCUGAAGGACCAAAUAGUCGUGGAAGGGCAACCAGCUCAGUUCAAGACCCAAGUGACACCAGCUAAACCAAAGCCGACCAUCCAAUGGUAUCGCGAAGGUGCCCUGAUCCCGCAGUCGCCCGAUUUCCAGAUGAUACACGAGGGCAACAACGCCGUCCUCCUCAUAGCGACAACAUACGAAGAGGACACUGGCACCUUCACCUGCCGAGCCACCACCUCAGCCGGCACCGUAGAAACCUCCGCCAAACUCAUCGUCAAAAAAAGGAAAGGUGUAUAUUACGAGGUUCCUGGGGAAGCGGGACCGGGAGCGCGAACCGGCGAAAAGCCGUCCACAGGUUUAGGGAGCGGCGUCGACGGCGUUGUCCUCGAGACAGUGCCAUUGGACGCACGCGGAUUGCCAUUAGAGAUAGCGCUCGCGCCGGGCGACGAGUCGCUGCCAUGGAGAAAAGAUCGGGUGCGGGUUCGACCUCGACCGAUCGUCGCGACGCCGUGGCGACCGAGGUCGCGGGACAGCUCGUUGGACAAGCUGCAGGCAGUCGAGGGCCAGGCGAUGAAGCCGUGGACCGAGGAGAAGGUGACCCUGAAGAAGGCGAAGCCUGUAAGAAAGGAGAUCGAGAAGGAGACCUUGGAGACGGUCGAGUUGAAACCUUCGAAGAUUGCGAAGACUCCGGUGCGAAAGGCGAGUCUGGACCAAGUGACCUUGAAGCCGGUUCCGAGAGCAGUCCCUGAAGAAGUGGUCAAAGAGACGGUCGCGACUUCCGAAUACGUCGAAGAGGAGGACACGUCGUUGCUGGACGUGUCGCGGACGGAGGACGUGAAGAAGCUCCGGAAAGAGAAGAUCGAGGCACCGGAGCAGCCGAAACCUUGGACAGAGGAGAAGGUGACCCUGAAGAGGGCGGCGCCGGUGCGCAAGGAGGUCGCGAAGGAGGCGAUUGAGCCCGUGGAAUUGAAGCCGUCGAAAAUCGUGAAGGCGCCGAUACGGAAGUCGAGCCUGGAGACGGUGGAUCUGAAGUCGGUGACGAGGAAGACCGCUGAAGAGAUCGUCGAGGAGACCACGAAGAAGGUGGAGGAGUACAUUGAGGAAGAAGACACGACGCUGCUCGAUGUAUCGAGAGACGAGCGGAUCAAGAAGACGAGGAAGGAGUCGAUCUCGACCGAGAAGGUUAUCGAGCCUAAGCCUUGGACGGAGGAGGCGGUGGCCCUGAAGAGGACCAAGCCGCAGCGGAAGGAAACUCCGCGCGAGAAGAUCGAGACGAUGGAGCUGAAGCCUUCCCGGCCGGAGAAAAUCGAGAUCGGGAAGCCGGAGGUCGAGCGCGUGGACCUGAAGCCGGCUCCAAAGGAAGCUCCGAAGGAAGCUCCGCGGAAACCCGAAGAGAAAGCAGUCUACCUUGAAGAAGAGGACACCGCGUUGCUCGGCGUGAGCUUGGAGGAGCAGCUCCGGGUCGACAAAACGGUAAAGAAAAGAGCCGAGGUGGUCGAGAAGAAGCCGGAAUCGAGGCCGUGGACGGAGGAGCGGGUGACCCUGAAGAGAGCGAAGGUCGAGCAGAAGGAGGUCCAGAAGGAGAUAAUAGAAGAAGUGACAUUGAAGCCGACGAGAACGGAGAAGAAAGAGAUCGCGAAGGAGAGCGUGGAGAAGGUGGAGCUGCAGAAACUGGUGGAGAAGACUGGAUACCUUGAAGAGGAGGACACGAGCCUGCUGAAGGUGGACAGGGACGAGAGGACCGAGGAGGAAAGGCUGGAGAAGGCCGUGAGCUGGCGGAGAGGUAAGAAGCCGAAGGAGCAGGCGCCUUACCGCGAGGAGGAGGACAAGACGCUGCUCGACCUGAAGAAAGACGUUGAAGAAAAGGAGAAGCUGAAGGAGGUGCCGGUCCCGUGGCAGCGAGGCAAGAAGAAGCCGGCGGAGAAGGCGCCCUAUCGGGAGGAGGAGGACACGACUGUUCUCGACAUCGAAAAGACUGAAAAGACGACUGAGAAACAGGCGAUGGAAGAGGCGGCCGUUCCGUGGGCGCGAGGCAAGAAGAAGAAGAAGGAAGAAGAGAAACCUGAAGAGAGGCCCACGGAGGAGGAAGAGGAGAAGCCGGCAGAGACGACGGUGCCUUGGCUGCGGGGCAAGAAAGCGCCGCGGGAGAUGCACGAGAAGAAGGACGAGGAACAACUCGAAGACAUCAGGUCGGUGGCCUUGAAGCCGGUCAGACGCGAACGCGCACCCGAAGAGAAGGAGAGGCCGGAGGAGGUGCUCCUAAAGCCUGUAAAACGCAUUCCACGGGAAGAGGAGGAGAAGGAGGAGGUGCAACUGAAGCCCAUUCCGAUACGCAAGCCCGAGGAGAAGCCGCGUGACGAAAUCAAGUUGAAACCAUUCCAGAAACCGAGACCCGAAGAAGCGGCGAAGGAGAAGCCUGGAGAACCGAAGCCGUUCGCGCCCGGGAAACAUGAAGAGGCACCCUCGGAAGAGGAACAGCCGACAGAGGUCUCGGAGGUGUCGUGGCGCCGGAAACCGAAGCCGAGGAAACCCGAGGAGAAGCCUGUUGAGCUUGAAAAGGCGAUGCCGCCGGCCGAGAGAGUACCCGAAGAGGCGAAGACGGUCGAAGACAAGGUGCUGGCGAGGAGGGAGGAGGAAACGGUCGAGGACUUCAAGUCUCUGGCCUUGAAGCCGGUGAAGCGGGGCAAGAGGCCCGAGGAGAAGGAAGAGAAGGAGGAGAUCACCUUGAAGCCGGUGAAACGGCUUCCGAAAGACGAAGAAGUCGCUGAAGAGAUCAAGUUGAAGCCGGUCGAGAAACCGAAGCCGGAAUUAGCGGAAGAGAAGCCGGCGGAAGUGCCGGAAAUGCCGUGGCGCCGCGGCAAGAAGAAACCUGCGGACGUCGUCGAGGCGGCGCCAGAGCUUCCCGAAGAGAAGAAGGAAGAUGAAGAGCAACGCGAGGUGUCCGAGGUGAGUUGGCGCAAGCCGAAGAAGCUCGCGAAAGAAGUUGAAAAGCGGCCAGAGACCGAGGACUUCGCGGCCGUCGUCUUGAAGCCUGCCAAACGCGGCAAGAAACCCGAAGAGAAGCUCGAGCAGGAGGAAGUUAUUCUGAAGCCGGUGAAGAAGUUGCCGAAGGAGGAGGAGACUGCUGAAGAGGUGGCGCUUAAGCCGGUGAAAUUAGAGAAGCCCGAGACUGUGGAGAACGGGGAGGUCCCCGAGGAGAAGGCCGAGCUACCAUGGCGUCGUGGCAAGAAGCCGAAGAAAGUGGUGCCGGAAGAAGAAGCGAGACCCGAAGAGAUGCGGAAACCUGAGGAAGCAGUGCCCACGGUGCCCAAGGAAGAGAUUAUGCCGAAGCCGGUAAGAAUGGAGAAACCGGAAGAAGAAGAGAAGCCGGAAGUGAAAUUGAAACCGGUCAGACGGUUGCCGAAACCGGAACCAGAGAAACCUGAAGAAGUAACCCUGAAACCGGUGAAACGGCUUCCGAAGGAAGAAGAAGAAAAGGAGGAGGUCACUUUGAAACCGAUUAAGAAAGAGAAACCGGAAGAGGAGAAGCCCGAAGUGAAAUUGAAACCGUUCAAACGGCUGCCGAAACCGGAAGAAGAGAAACCUGAAGAGGUUGUAUUGAAACCGGCCAAACGCCUUCCCAAGGAAGAAGAAGAGAAGGAGGAGAUCACUUUGAAACCGAUUAAGAAGGAAAAACCGGAAGAAGAGAAGCCCGAAGUGAAAUUGAAGCCAGUGAAACGUUUACCGAAACCUGAAGAAGAGAAACCCGAAGAGGUUGUUUUGAAGCCUUUCAAGCGACUUCCAAAGGAAGAAGAAGAGAAAGAAGAGGUCACCUUGAAGCCUGUAACGAAAGAGAAGCCGGAGGAAGAGAAACCGGGGGUGAAAUUGAAACCUGUGAAACGUUUACCGAAGCCGGAAGAAGAGAAACCUGAAGAGGUUGUUUUGAAGCCUUUCAAACGACUUCCUAAGGAAGAAGAAGAGAAAGAAGAGGUCACUUUGAAACCGGUGAAGAAAGAGAAGCUGGAGGAAGAAAAGCCAGAAAUUAAAUUGAAACCUGUGAAACGGCUUCCUAAGGAGGAAGAAGAGAAACCUGAAGAAGUUGUACUGAAGCCUUUCAAGCGUCUUCCCAAAGAGGAAGAAGAAAAAGAAGAGGUUACGUUGAAGCCUAUAAAGAAAGAGAAGCCGGAGGAAGAGAAACCGGAAGUUAAAUUGAAGCCUGUGAAACGUUUACCAAAACCGGAAGAAGAGAAACCUGAAGAAGUUCUAUUGAAACCAUUCAAACGACUGCCUAAGGAAGAAGAAGAGAAAGAAGAGGUCACUUUGAAGCCUGUAAUUAAAGAGAAACCGGAGGAAGAAAAGCCAGAAAUUAAAUUGAAACCUGUGAAACGUUUACCGAAACUGGAAGAAGAGAAACCCGAAGAAGUGACCUUGAAACCAGCGAAACGUCUUCCUAAGGAUGAGGAAGAGAAAGAAGAGAUUGCUCUGAAACCGGUGAAGAAAGAGAAGCCAGAGGAAGAAAAGCCAGAAAUUAAAUUGAAACCUGUGAAACGGCUUCCAAAGGAGGAAGAAGAGAAACCUGAAGAAGUUGUCUUGAAGCCUUUCAAGCGUCUUCCCAAAGAGGAAGAAGAAAAAGAAGAGGUUACGUUGAAGCCUAUAAAGAAAGAGAAGCCGGAGGAAGAGAAACCGGAAGUUAAAUUGAAGCCUGUGAAACGUUUACCAAAACCGGAAGAAGAGAAACCUGAAGAAGUUCUAUUGAAACCAUUCAAACGACUGCCUAAGGAAGAAGAAGAGAAAGAAGAGGUCACUUUGAAGCCUGUAAUUAAAGAGAAACCGGAGGAAGAAAAGCCAGAAAUUAAAUUGAAACCUGUGAAACGUUUACCGAAACCGGAAGAAGAGAAACCCGAAGAAGUGACCUUGAAACCAGCGAAACGUCUUCCUAAGGAUGAGGAAGAGAAAGAAGAGAUUGCUCUGAAACCGGUGAAGAAAGAGAAGCCAGAGGAAGAAAAGCCAGAAAUUAAAUUGAAACCUGUGAAACGGCUUCCAAAGGAGGAAGAAGAGAAACCUGAAGAAGUUGUCUUGAAGCCUUUCAAGCGUCUUCCCAAAGAGGAAGAAGAAAAAGAAGAGGUUACAUUGAAGCCUAUAACGAAAGAGAAGCCGGAGGAAGAGAAACCAGAAGUGAAGUUGAAACCGUUCAAACGGCUGCCAAAACCGGAAGAAGAGAAACCCGAAGAAGUGACCUUGAAACCAGCGAAACGUCUUCCAAAGGAUGAAGAAGAGAAGGAAGAGGUUACUCUGAAACCGGUGAAGAAAGAGAAACCGGAGGAAGAAAAGCCAGAAAUUAAAUUGAAACCUGUGAAACGGCUUCCUAAGGAAGAAGAGGAGAAGGAAGAAAUAACCUUGAAACCGAUAAAGAAAGAGAAGCCGGAAGAAGAGAAGCCGGAGGUGAAAUUGAAGCCAUUCAAGCGACUUCCUAAGGAAGAAGAAGAGAAGCCUGAAGAGGUUGUUUUGAAGCCUUUCAAACGACUUCCGAAGGAAGAAGAGGAGAAGGAAGAAGUAAUCUUGAAACCGAUAAAGAAAGAGAAACCGGAAGAAGAGAAGCCAGAGGUAAAACUAAAGCCUUUCAAGCGGCUUCCUAAGGAAGAAGAAGAGAAACCUGAAGAAGUUGUCUUGAAACCGGUCAAGCGGCUCCCCAAGGAAGAAGAAGAGAAGGAGGAGGUUGCUUUGAAGCCGAUAAAGAGAGAGAAACCAGAAGAGGAAAAGCCGGAGGUGAAACUGAAGCCUGUCAAGCGGCUUCCUAAGGAAGAAGAAGAGAAACUUGAAGAAGUGAUCCUGAAACCGGUCAAACGGCUUCCAAAGGAAGAAGGAGAAAAGGAAGAAGUGACUCUGAAGCCAAUCGAGAAAGAGAAGCCGGAAGAGGAGAAACCGGAAGUUAAACUUAAGCCCGUGAAACGUGUACCGGAACCUGAAGAGGAGAAGCCUGAAGAAGUUGCUCUGAAACCGAUGAAGAGAGAGAAGGAGGAAGAGAAGCCGGAAGAAGUCAAAUUGAAGCCUGUGAAACGCCCGGAGAAACCUGUCGAGGAGAAACCGGAAGAAGUGACCUUGAAGCCGGUGAAGCGACUUCCCAAGGAGGAAGAGAAGCCGGAAGAAGUGACCUUGAAGCCGGUGAAGAGAGAAAAGCCGGAAGAGGAAAAGCCUGAAGAGAUAAAAUUGAAACCUGUGAAACGUUUGGAGAAGCCGGUCGAAGAAAAACCGGAAGAAAUCAAACUGAAACCGAUACCGAAACCAGAAAAACCGGAGGAGGCUAAGAAAGAUGAGAUUACACCGAAGCCGAUCGUACCUGAAGAGGUGGAAGAGAAGCCUGCCGAGGAAGAGGCACCGCAAUUGCCAUGGCGCCGUGGCAAGAAGAUCAAAAAGGUGGUCGAUUUCCGCGAAGAAGUCACGGUGGUGCCGAUCGACCAAGAAAAGAUUGUAACCAAACUCGAAGAGGAGGUGAAGACGCUCGUGGAGCGGAAAGCCGAAGAAGUGGUACAAGUGAAAACUGAAGAGGUCGUCGCCAAGAUGCCGGAAGAAGCUCCGGCGCUUCCUUGGCGAAGGCCUAAGGAACCGCAGAAGGUCGAAGUCGAGGAAGUGAAACCUGAAGAGGUCAAAGAAGAAGACAAAGUUGUCGAAGAAGUGACGGAAACGUCCGAGAUAUCCUGGCGAAGGAAACGAAGGCCGAAAAAGCCGGAGGAGGUCGAGAAACCUGAGGAAGUGGUCCUCAAACCAGUUAAGAAAGAGAAGCCUGAAGGGAAACCUGAAGGGAAACCUGAAGAGAAACCUGAGGAGAAACCGAAGCCGAAGAUGCCUGAAGAGACAGUGGAGAAGGUGGAAUCGGUCAUCGAAAUAACCAGAAGGAAACCGAAGAAGCCUGAAGAGGUACCUGAAGAGAAGGUGGAAGAGGCCGUGGUCACCGCCGAAGAGACCCGAGUGAUCAAGAAAGUGGUCCAGGUCGAAGAGCAAGUCGCGCAGCAAGUGGUCGAGGUCGAACAGAAGGUUGAGGAGGAAGUGCAGGUCGAAGACCGGCGAAGGAAACGCAAGCAGCGUACUCAGGUCGAGAUAUCGAUCACAGACAAAGACAAAAAGAUCGCCCCGAGAUUCAUUCAGAAACUCCAGCCAGUGAUCGCCGAGCCCGAGUCGACCGCGAGAUUUACUUGCACGGUAUUUGGCAAUCCGUUCCCCGAAAUCUCCUGGUACAGGAACGAACAGGAGCUCCACGCCAGCGAGAAGUAUAUCAUGACGAUAUACGAAACAACCGCCGCAUUGGAGAUCACGAAAGUGAAGGAGGAGGACGCCGGCAUGUAUUCUUGCAGGGCCUCGAAUCCUGCCGGGGUGGCGACGUCCACCGUGAAUCUCGUGAUAUUCGAAAAAGAGGAGGAGGGCGUGGCGCCGCACUUCGCGACGCCGAUAAAGCCGUUGAUGGUCGAAGAACAAAAGCCGGCCCGGCUCGAGUGCGUGGUGACCGGGACGCCGAUGCCGGAGGUGAAGUGGUACCGUGGCGAGCAAGAGCUGAAGCCGACCAGGGGCCGAAAGGUCAGCUUCAACCCCGAGACCGGCGAGGCGAGGCUAGAGAUCCUGGAGCCGACGUCCGAGGACGAGACAAUUUAUCGGGUGCGCGCGGUGAACAAGUUCGGCCGUGCCGAGUGCCGGGCGAACCUGGUGAUCAGCACCGCGGCGCGGGUCAGCAAGCCGGAAGUGCUCAGGGCGCCGCGGAUCACGCGGCCGCUGCCGGCCCUGGUGGCCGAGCGCGGCGAGCCGCUCACGCUCUCGGCCGACUUCGAGAGCAAACCGGCGCCGGACGUGAAAUGGUUCCGUAACGGCGUGGAGAUCGUGCCAUCGGACCAACGGCUGAUCAGGAUCCACGAGAGCACCGCCGAGCUGCUGAUCCCGGAGGUGACCAAGAAGGACGGCGGCAAAUACGAGGUCAGGGUGCAGAAUCCCGUCGGCGAAGCGAGGAGCUCCGGCUCGGUCACCGUUCGCGAACGCCAGGAGAAGCCGGACGAGGUGAAAGCGCCGAGAUUCGUCGAGCCUAUACAGCCGCAGAUCGUCGCCGAAGGAGAGGUGGUCAUCAUGGAAGCGAGAGUCGAGUCCUAUCCGACCGCGUCGUUCCAGUGGUUCCACGAAACACGGCCGUUGGAGUCGACGUCGCAAGUGAGGAUCGUGACGCAGGAGAACCGCUCGAUCCUGAUGAUAAACGAGAUAAAAACAGAGUACGCCGGCACGUACACCUGCCGCGCGGAGAACGUCGGCGGGUCUGUCACUUGCACGGCCACCGUGAAUCUGUUGGAAACACCGUGGGAGGAGACGGUGGAGCUGGUGUCGCCGACGUUCGUCAAACGAUUGUCCCCGGUCCGGGUGAUGGACGGCGAGAGCGCGAACCUGACGUGCGUCGUGCAGGGCAAACCGACGCCGAGGGUCGAAUGGUACCACGACAACAAGCCGAUCAAGGAGGGCAAGGAGAUCACCAUUUUACAGGACACCGAGGGUGUCUGCAGUCUAGCUAUCACCGAGGUGUUCCCGGAGGACGCCGGCGAGUACACUUGCCGGGCCGUGAAUCCAGUCGGCGAGGCCGUUUGCACGUCGUCGCUCGUCGUCGAAGCGUACGAGUAUGUGCCAGACUCAGAGAUCGCAUCAUCGCUGAUCGCGACAUCGCUUACUACAGGGCCAAGUGGAUCAGAGGAAGAUCUCUUAUCUCCCAAGGAAACACCUUUGUUCGACACGGACGAAGAAUCCGCUCCGGAGAUAAUUAAGAAACUUCCUCAGUUAGUUCCUACGAAGGAUGGAGAGCUAACCAGAUUGGAAGUGAAGGUGAAAGGGAAACCGAAGCCGGAAGGAAAAUGGUACAAGCAGGGUGUAGCGAUCGUGCCGUCGCCAGAAUUCCAGGUCGAAGAGUUCGAGGACGGCACGUCCGUAUUGACGAUCGCCGAAACGUAUCCAGACGACACGGGCGAGAUUGUGUUCGAGGCGCACAAUCCGCUCGGCGUAUCGACCACGACCACAUACUUAUCGGUAGAAGGAAUCCUCGGAACGAAGGAAUACAGAAAACCGUCCUGGGUGGCCGAGAUGGAGGAGAUGCAGGAAGCUCUGAGAGCCACGCAAUCUAUACCACGAUUCAUUCAAGAAAUAACGGAUGUUUACGCGAGGGAAGGUGAAAGCGCGGUGUUCGAGUGCAGUUAUUCCGGCAAUCCUACUCCAGACGUGGUAUGGUACAAGAACGACAAGAUGGUGAUGAACACGAAGAACGUGAAGGUACGCCUCUACGAAGAGGACAAGAAAACGUCGCUGACGAUCAACCACGCGACCGAGGAGGACGACGCCACUUAUGUUUGCAAAGCCACCAGCGAAAUCGGAUUGGCCACCACGAAAGCCAAAUUGCACGUUACAGACAUAACGGGUGAACCGAGGUACUACGAGGAGGAAGAAGAAGUCGUCGAGGAGGAAGUGAAAGAGGUUAAACCAAAAGAGAAGCCAAAGAGAAAGAGGACCGAGGUGAAGAAGGCUAAAGAAACGAAGGAGAAGAUAAAAUCCGAGCGUGUCAAGGUAGACAAGAAGGAAGUGCGCAAGGAGAAGUUGAGUCCCAAAGAACAACCGGAAGAAAAGAAAAUCGUCGACAUCGAGGAGACGCAGGUGCUCGAGACAACCGAGAUCAUAGAAGAGAAGCCUACAGAGGUAUCGCGAGCCAAGAAGAUAAUGCCGGUGCAAGAGCCGGUGAUGACGGAAGCGACGCCGUCCCUGAAGAAGAUCGACGACCAGAAGCCUCGAGAACAGGUCCCGAAGCCCGAGGAGCGUGCGAAGCGGGUGGUGGAGGAGCGGGAAGGCGUGGUGGUGGUCUCGGAGGUGACCACCGAGGACCUGGCGCCGGACUUCGUGGUGGAAUCGGUGGUGGACCGGGCCCAGGUGACCUCGGAGACUCUGCAGACGGUCUCGGUGUCGGAGGUGCACACGGAGAGCAGCGUGCAGGAGAUCAGACGGCUGGAGGCGCGGCAGAGGAAGGCGAGGAAGACCGUGGUGACCGAGGAGGAGGUGUCGGAGGAGACGCCGCGAAAGGCAAUCGUCGAGGAGAAGCCGAAGAAGAAGAAGAAGAAGGCGAUCAGCAUCGAGGAGAUCGUUGAGAGGGAGCGGGAGAGCAUCGCGCGCGAGGUCGAGGAGAUCAUGGAGACCUUGCACGCGAAGGAGUUCGGGCCCGGCGAGGCCCCGCUUCGAGAGCUGGCCACGAUCGGGUUCCUGGUGCGGCAGGGUGUCUCCGUGAACGAGAUCAACGAGAGCCUCUACAGGACGGACAACUUCCCGGCGCUGAAGACGCCGGAGGCGCAGAACGCGCUCGUCCAGCUGGUCGAGAGGGAGGGCCACGGCCCUCUGAUCACCCAAGUGCUCACCGAGGAGACCACCACGGACGAAAGCGUCGUCGCGGCCACCGUCGGCUUCCGUGCCUUCAUGAGAAUGAUCGAGCUACAGCACGUCACCGUCGAGGAGGUGAUCACGCACUUCGCGCCGGAGGACUUCCGGCCGCGCGCCUGGGAGGUCACAGAAGCCACGGAAGUUGAAACGGCGGCACGUGUCACCGAACGAGUGGAUAUCGUCCGCAAGACCGAGGUCCAUUUCAUGGAGAGGAGGGACGAAAGAAAAGCCGUCCGCACGCAGGAUAUUCGAGACAUUAAAGAAUACGAGGACACACGGCAGAUACACACAACACCGCGCAAACGAAAAGAUACAAUACCAACGGAACAGAUCGAGGCGAGAAAGGAAGAUAGGGAAGAGGGGGUACAGGUUGUAGUGGUCGAGGAGAUCGAGGAAACGGAACGGGAGAAGAGGAAGCGAAAGGACGUGGAGGAGCUCGAGGAAGAGAUAACAGAGACCGUAAUCGUAGAAACGGACGAACAGGGUAGACUGACUCGGAAGCCGAAGAAACGCGGCGAGAAGCAAAUAGAAAUCAUAGAACAAGAAGCAAAAGAACAAGUAGUAAAAGAACAAGAAAAAGAAGAAGAAGAAAUAAUAGAAGAAGAAGAGAUCACAGAGAGGCGAAGAAAGCAGCUAAGGCCGAAGCGGCCGCAAAUCGGUCGCGCCGAGGUCGAGCUCGAGGAGCUCGAAGAGCUUGAAGUAAAAGGCGACGAGGUCGUGUCCUCGGUGAUGCUGAACGUGCCGAUCCAGCGUCACCAGGUGGUGGCGAUGGACCGUGCGAUCGACCAGGCGCCGGGCAAGCCUGAGUUCGAGAAGGCGAAGCUGACGAUGGACACCAUCACACCCUUAACAGAACAAUUAAUACCCGUCCAAGAGAAAGAGAUCGACGAGAUCAGCGUGAUAAAACCGAUCGAGCGCAAAGCGUCUUUAUCGAUCUCCCCAGUGGAGCCAUACUCGACGACGGAGACGACGGUGCAGGCGUCGACGGGCGAGUUCGCGGACACGUUCAAGCCGACGUCGUACGAGGCGACGCCAGCCAUAGUCCCGUCGGAGGGUCUAUUAAUCAGCGAGACCUUGGCGAGCGACGCGGAGGUCUCGAGCUUAACGCUCGUUAAACAGGAGCUCGGCAGGAAAGCGGAAGUGACGGUAACCUUGCAAGAGGCCGCGACGGUCUACGAGACCAUGGUGAGCCAGACGGAGGUGCCGACGGAGGACUUCGUGGCGCCUUUGGCCGCCGAAGCGGAGGACACGGUGCUCGCUCAGAUCGGGCUCUCGGUGUACGAGGUGCAGGAAGGCCUGUCCGAGGACAAGCUAGAGCCCCUGAAGACGGUGCCAGCGCGGCCUAGAGUGAACGUGACGGCGAUGGAGCCGCUGCAGGUGGAGGAAGUGCGGCCGGAGGACAAGCCUGGUAAAUAUUACCCGGAGCUGAUCGUGCCGACAGAGAUCGCGACGCAGAGCGUAAUCUCGCAAAGACAGCGUGUUACUGAAGAGAUGCACGCGCCGGAGAAAGAAGGCGAGUACGUGCCAGGAAGACUUCCGCCUAGCCAGAAGGCGCAGGUGGGCAUCAGCUACGGGAACGAGGCUGCGGUGAUCGAGCAGAGUCUGGUGCAGGAGAGCGAGGGAGUGUACGUGACGGAGAGGAGGGUGGACGCUUUCGAGGCGGUGGCGAACGUGACGUUGCUGGAGGGCGUGUCCGUGUUGACGGUGCAGCCGCAGGACACGGAGACCGCCUUGACGAUAGAGGAAGCUAAAAAAGCGGAAGCCGAUCUUAAUAUUAUCGAGGUAGCAUCGGCGAUCACUAUAGAAACCGUCUCGUCCGAAAAGGAAACGGACUACCAACCUGGCGACAAGCCGGCUGCGAAGACGGCGCAGACGUCGGUGUCCUCUUUGGAGAUCGGCUCAGUCUCGAGCACCCUGGUGCAAGAGUCCGAGGGAGUCUAUCAACCUUCGCAGAAACCGACGAAGGUCUUAGCCGAGACGACGAUCCGUCCGGAGGAGCACGUGACGGUGUCCGAGGUGCACACGGCGGACUAUCCGGCGGACCUGAAGGACGAGCUGAAGUACGUGGAGGAAAGCGGCACGGUGACGGUGCAGCUGACCGAGGCGAAGGUAAUCGAGGAGACGCUGGCGCACGAUAGGGAGACCAGCAUGGAGGAGGCGGCGAGGCCGGAGGAGCGGGUUGUGGAGACCAGCUACGACGGGAUCAGAAGCGUGGAGGUCUUCCAGACAACGUCGGUCGAGAAGGAAGCCGAGUUGCGAAUCUUCGAGAUGCCGGAGUCGCAUCGCGGCAGAACGGUCCCGACGCACCCUGUGGUCUCGCUGGAAGUCGAGAUGACUCAGCCGGAGGACAACUUGGGCGAGGUGUUGAAGGACGCGCCGACCUCCGGGCUGGCCAUGGUCGUGCCGAUCGGCCUGCAGGAGACCGUGGUGGCCGAGACGGUGGCGGCCGAAGACUUGGCUUUGGUUACAAAGGAAGAGGCGCCAGAGUCGAAAAUAGCUGAAGUGACUCUGGACGAGAUAGAGAGCGUGCGGACGACCAUGGUGAUCGCCGGGGAGACGGAGUCGGAGUACCUGAAGUCGGAGGUGAAGGGAGCCUACGCGAGCACGGAGUUCACGACGCAGGUGGCGCCAGUGUUCGAAGAGGUGCGGACUCACUCGCCGACCGGGGAAUACGUCCCUGAAGAGAAACCGGCUUCCGGCGUGGCGCAGCCGAGCCACGUGCCCUUGGAGAGCGUCACGGUGGUCUUGCAGGAGGCCGCCGAGAAGGAAGAUCUCUACCGAAUCGACGCGAGACCCGACGGCAAGACGGCGAUGGUGGAGCUGACAGAAGCAAGGCCCGGCGCCACGGUGCUCGAGGUGAUCCCCCACGACCGGGAGAACGUCUACAGCCCUGACGAGAAGCCUCAGGACUACAAGGCGCAGCCUCUGGUAUCGGGGCACACGGUGGCCUUGAAAUCCGAGACGCUGGUGACACAGAGCACCGGCGAGAUCGCCGCGGAGCAGCCGAAGCCAGGAACGGCGGUGCUUCAACGGGACACCAUGGAGCAGCUGAUCGUGACGGAGACGACCGUCGCGGAGACGGAGAGGGUCAGAGAAGAAGAAACGAGACCUGCCGAGCAGAGCGCCGAUGUGGAGAUCUGUUCGAAAUCAGAGAAACUGACGGUGACCGAGGUGACGGCCGCGGUGAGCGAGGAAAGGCUGAAGAUCGAAGAACUGCCGAAGGAAAGACGAGUCACGAUGGGGAUCACGGGAAGUCACGAGGUCGCCGAGAUGCAGGAGACGGUUGCGGCUAGCAACGUGGAUCUUCUGAAGGAGGAAAAGGCGAAGGAGGAGCGCGCGAGUGAACAGCAGAGCGGAUUGGAGGUGGUCGAGCAGACCGAGGUCUCGGUGUCGGAGAAGGAGUCCUUGCUGCAGGAGGACGUGAAGCCGGAGACGAAGAUCGUAGAGGUGGUGUUCGAGAUGGGCGAAGGUGUUGUCGUCGGGAUCACUUACCCCGAAGACAAGGAAGCCGUGUUCACCGGAAAAGAGAAACCAAAAGGCGUCGAGGCGACUGUGGAGAUCAUCGCGCAAGCGGUCGCGUCCAAGUUCGAAGUGACCAGCGACACCGGUCUGAGUGAACUGAUCAGCGACGCGGUACCUGAGACCAAGCCGAAGACCACGGUGAUGCCGAUCGAGGCCUUGAUCUCCGAGGAGGUGCAGACCAGGGAGACGGAGGCGCCGUUCGCGGAGGAGAAGCCCGCCGACAGGACGGCGAACCUCGAGUUCGUCACCGGCGAAGGUCUCAUCGUCUCUUCUGUAACAGCCGAGGACAAGGAGGCCGUCCUUCCCGAAGCGGAAAAACCGGAGACCAAGCUGGCAACCUUGGACGUGCCGACGAGGGUCGUGGCCGAGGUCAGCGAGACGACGGCCACCGACAACGUCGACGAGUUCGCGCAACCGGAAACGACCUCCGCGACCGCGACCGCCGAUCACGUCGCGUUCCACAGCAUGAUCACCACGGAGACAGCGGCCGGCGACCUUGAAAAACCGAUGGAAGACUUCGUGCAGCCGGAUCGCAAGGUCGUCGACGUGACCUUCGAGGAUGGCGAGGGGGUGACGGUGACGGAGACGAUCGUUUCCGACAAGGAGAAGGAGUACAUCGAGAGGCUGGAGAUGCGAGGGGAGCAGGCGACGCCGGCGUUCGACGCGCACAAGGUCGCGCAGCUGACGGAGGUCACGGCGGCCGCAGCGCCCGGCGAGCUGAGGGUGCCGACACCCUCCGCGGCCGCUGCCAGGGAGGAGAGGUUGCCGUUCGAGAGCCUCGUGCAGACCGAGACGAUCGUGUCCGAGACUGAGCAAGAAUUCAAGGACAAGGCCGUCGAGACCACCAAGGCCGAGGUCUCCGUCAGCGAGAUAAUCAGCGCGACGACCAUCGCCGAGGUCACGGCGGACAAGGAGGACGUGCUGCGCAUUCCAGAAAAGCCUGCCGAGAAGCAGGCGAGCGUCCAGUUCGCUGGCCACGUGAUCGCGGAGCAGACAGAGGUCACCGUGGACGCCAGCGCUGGCAAACUCGAAGACCUGAAGCCGGUCGCAGCCUCGGCGAUUCCGUCGAGCAUCCCCUUGGAGGCGGUGAUCAGCUCGGAGACGCAGCCCACGGAGGCCGAAGGCCUUCUAGACAAAGACAAGAUACCGACGCAGGCUCUGGCGGACUUGACCUUGGUUGAGGAUCGAAGCAUCCAGGUGUCCGCGGUGGUUUCCGGCGACAAAGAAGAAGAGUACAUAACGAAAGAGCUACCGGAGACGAAGACUGCCGACAAGAGCCUGGUCGGCGGCCACGCGGUCGCGCAGACGACGCUGCAGGUGCUCGACUUCAGCACAGGGGACCUGAUCGAGGAGAGACCCUCCGAGGCCACCGCUCUUGAAGAGCACAUCCCGUUCGUGCCAUUGAUCGAGUCUCAGCCGGUCAUCCAGGAAAGCGAGGAGAAGUUCGUGCCGGGCGCGAUCCCGGAGAACAAACGAGCCGUGGUGGACCUUGAAGAGGGUAGGAGCAUCGUGACGGUGUCCCAGGUGACCCCCGCAGACAAAGAAUCUCUGUAUGUUGCCGAAGAAGCGCCGUCGAAGCACGCGGCCACCGUCGGCCUGGACGCCGCGCGCGGCAUCGCCGAAACGACUGCGGUCGCCGUCGAAGACGCUCUCGCCGAGGUCACCUUCGAUAAACCGGACCAGAAAAAGGCGCAGACGACGCAGGAGGUGUACCAAAGCAUCCUCGUGACCCAGGACAUCGUGCAGGACCAGGAGAACGCGUUCGAAGGGAAGUUCAAGCCGGCGGUGCAGCAAGUAGACAUCAGCAUCGAGGAAGGAAAACGCGUGACCACGGUGACAGAGGUCAGCUUAGCGGACAGAGAGGACAUCCUGAAGACCGUUCAAGAAGAGAAGACCCGAUCAGCGGUGCCAAGCGUGGUUGCGGGUCACGAGGUGGCGGAGAGGUCGGAGAUCGUGGCGGAGCAGAGCACCGGCGAGAUGGAGAUCCUGAAGCCGGCCACGGCGACGGCGCAGGUGGGCCGCAAGCCUUUCGAGCCUGUUGAGACAAUGGAGCAGGUUCUAGCGGAGAAGGAAGUGGACAAGGUCGAGGCCCCAGCGGCGCAGAAGAGCAGCGCCAGGGUGACGUUCGACGAGAACCGGUUCGUCGCGAUCACGGAGGCCACGGCGACUCAGGACGCCGAGUCGGCGCUGUCGGAGCUGAAGAGGCCCCGCGAGGAGCUAGCGAAGCCUUCGAUGGAAGGCAAGGAGGUCGCCGAGCAGAUGGAAGUGACCUUGAGAGAGGGCCUUGGAGAGGUAUCUGAAUUACUUAAGCCGGGCGCCGUCGAGGCGCGUCCGACGCAGAGCACGCUGGAGAGCGUCGACGUCAGCGAGACGGUUGCUGAAGAACGCGAGACGGUCUUCGAGGAGAAGCUGAAGGUGGACGAGCGGAGCGCGACCGUGGCGUUCGUCGAGGGCAAGAGCAUCACGGUGGCCCAGGUGAUCAUCCAAGACAAAGAGUCCACGAUGGAGACCUUGACGAGACGCGACGAGACCAAGGCCGAGGUGAGCCUGACCAAGGUCGGCAUGGACGUCGCGCAGAAGGUGCAGGUGUUCGUUGAGCAGAGCACGGGGCUGGUCCAGCCGCUGGAGAAGCAUGAGGCGAAGGCGCAGCCGACGCAGGACGCGUUGCAGCCGAUCGUCGUCGAGGAGACACCCAGCGCGGAGAGCGAGGGCACCCUGGACAGGCGCCCGAAGCCGGCCACGUCCACCGCGGUGGCGACCUUCGAAGAAGGUCACGGGGUCUCAGUGACGGAGGUGACCUCUGCCGAGGUCGAAUCAGCGCUGAAAGAAAAGAAACUAGACGCCUCUCACACAGCCACGAGGACCAUAAUCGCCGAGCGGAGUAUCAUCGAGACGACGACGGUCGAGUCGCAGGUUAACGUCCCCGACAAGACCGAGGACCUCGCCGUGACCCCGCAGGUGGCGGUUCCAGGUCAGGACACCUUCGAGAGUAUAAUCGUGAACGAGAGCUUGGUAGAAGAAAGCGAGCAGAGCUUCGAAGGCGCGUUCAAGCCGCAGACGCAGAGAGCGGACGUGGACAUCGAGAAGGUCAAAUCUCUUCAGGUCUCGGAGACGGUUCCUGAGGACAGAGAGGCGGUGUUCGACGUCGCUCCGAAACGCGAAGGCGUCACAGCCACUCAAGACAUCAGCCUUCUUGAAACGAUCUUGGGCUCGAUGAUAGAAAGCGUCCAAUCGACAGAAGAGAUUCGCGAGGAGAAGCAGACGAGCACUCAGGCGACGGUCACGCAGACGCUGAUCGAGACGGCGGUGAAGACCGAGACGACGCUCGGCGAGCGUGAAGAGACGUUCUCAGGGCAGUUCAAACCCGAAGAGCAGAAGGGUAAGCCGCAGUUCGAGGGGCUGAGCACGGUGACGGUGACCGAGGUGGUCUCCAGCGAGGUCGAGGACGUCCUUCCGACGGAAGUCGCGCCUAAAAUGCAGCAAGCGCAGCCUAGCCUGACCGGCAGGGAGGCUCCUGAAGUGCUCCAGGUGAUCACUGGAGCGACCACAGAGAUCCUAGAAAAGGCGACGAAGCUUAAGGAACAACAGGGCAUUGUUGAAAUAGAAGAGCUCUCUUCCGUCGCGGUCAGCGAGGUGAUCUCGAGCGAGGUCGAGGAUAUCCUUCCAACAGAAGCCGCGCCUAAAAUGCAGCAAGCGCAGCCAAGCCUGACUGGAAGAGAAGUUCCUGAAGUGCUCCAGGUGAUCACUGGAGCGACCACAGAGAUCCUAGAAAAGGCGACGGAGCUUAAGGAACAACAAGGCAUCGUAGAAAUAGAGGAGCUCUCUUCCGUCGCGGUCAGCGAGGUGAUCUCGAGCGAGGUCGAGGACGUCCUCCCAACAGACGUGGCGCCCAAGAUGCGGCAAGCGCAGCCAAGCCUGACUGGAAGAGAAGUUCCUGAAGUGCUCCAGGUGAUCACUGGAGCGACCACAGAGAUCCUAGAAAAGGCGACGAAGCUUAAGGAACAACAGGGCAUUGUGGAAAUAGAAGAGCUCUCUUCUGUCGCGGUCAGCGAGGUGAUCUCCAGCGAGGCGGAGGACGUGCUCGCGCUAGCGACCGCGCCGAAAGAUCAAAAAGCAGACUUCAACAUCCUCGGCAGAGAGGUCGCCGAGACGACGCAAGUGACGGCUGUCACAGAAACAGAGGAUCUGUCCUUGAAGCAGCCGGACGAGCAGAGAGGAAAGCCGACGGUGGACGAGCUGACGCCGUUGAUGGUGUCGCACGUGGUGUCCGGCGAACUUGAAGAAGCGAUGCCGGCUCCCGAAGUCCCCAAAGAGAAGACCGCUCAGCCUAGCCUGCUCGGCAGAGACGUUGCGGAGACGAUGCAGGUGUUGACAGUAGCCAGCGCGGAGGAUCUUGUCGCAGCGCCGGCUCCUGAAGAACAAAAAGGCAAGCCUCAGGUAGAAGAACUAGCUCCAUUGACGGUCUCGCAAGUGGUGUCCCAGGAGGCGGAGGACCUGCUGCCGACGCCCGAGGUGCCUGUGCAGAGAGAGGCCCAACCCAACCUGAUCGGCAGGGACGUGGCGCAGACGUUGGAGGUGUUGACCAUGAGCAACGUCGACAUCCUAUCCGCAAUAACGAAACCGGGAGAACAAAGAGGUGUGCCGGGUCUUGAGGAGCUGGUGUCCCUAUCCGUGUCGCAGACGGUGUCCACUGAGAUGGAGGACGUGCUGCUGAGUCCGGAGGUGCCGACGGAGAAGCUGGCGCAGCCGAGCCUGAUCGGCCACGACGUGGCGGAGACGACGCAGGUGUUGACGAUGAUCAGCGCGCAGGAGCUGGCCGCGUCGAAGGCGCCCGAACAACAGAAAGGAAAGCCGAGCGUCGAGGAGUUGACAUCGUUGACGGUCUCGCAGACGCUGUCGCACGAGACCGAGGCGCUCCUGGAGAGCGAAGCUGCGCCGAGCGGAGUGAUGGCGAAGCCGGCGUUGACGGGCAGAGAGGUUGCUGAAACCAGCCAGGUGCUAACCGUGAGCAAUGUAGAAGAGCUGGAGAAGCCGGCGCUGCCUGAAGAGCAGACAGGAAAGCCGAGGCUGGACGAGCUGGCGUCGUUGACGGUGUCCCAGGUGAUCUCGAGCGAGCUUGAAGACGCGCUGCCAGUGGCAGAAAAGCCCACGGAGAAGAUCGCGCAGGCCCAGAUGAGCGGCAGAGAGGUUGCUGAAAAGACCGAAGUGUUAACCGUGAGCAAUGUAGAAGAGCUGGAGAAGCCGGCGCUGCCUGAAGAGCAGACUGGAAAGCCGAGAGUGGACGAGCUGGAGUCGUUGAUGGUGUCCCAGGUGAUCUCGAGCGAGCUUGAAGACGCGCUUCCGGCGCCGGAGAGGCCCGCGGAGAAGAUCGCGAAGCCGGCGUUGAUCGGCCGAGAGGUCGCCGAGAAGACCGAGGUGCUCACCGUGAGCAAUGUAGAAGAGCUGGAGAAGCCGGAGGUGCCGGAGAGCCAGAAGGGCAAGCCGGACGUUGAAGAGAUGAGCUUCGUGACGGUGUCCGAGGUGGUCUCCACCGAGAAGGAGAAGGAGAUGCCGGCGCCGGAGGCUCCGAAGGAGCGCAAGGCGCUCGCAAAGCUGGACAGCAUUGAAGUAGCGGAGACGAGCGAGGUGCUGACGAUGGCCAGCGCCGAGGAGCUGCCGAGACCUAAAGGGCCCGAGGAGCAGAAGGGCAAGCCGCAGCUGGAGGAGCUGUUGCCUCUGUCGAUCUCUGAAGUCGCUUACAGCGAGGCGGAAGUUGGUCUAACGACGCCGGACGAACCGACGGCGCAGACUGCGAAGCCGAGUCUUCUGGGCAUACAAGUGGCCCAGAAGUCGCUGGUGAUACCGUCCUCGGCCACGGAGGAGCUCGGCGAGGCCGAGAAGCCCGAGAGCAAGCGGAUCCUGCCGGAACAAAUCCCGUUCGAGAGCAUUGAACAAUCGCAGACGUUGGCGCAGGAGCGGGAAGGCACGCUCGUCGUCGAGAAGACUAGCAAAACGGCGACCGCCGAGGUCACGUUCCGCGUGUCGGAGGGCCUCGAGGUCACGCAGGUGACCGCGACCGAGCAGGAAGCCAAGGAAGUGGUGAAAGGCGUGGCGAAAGAGGCGGCCGCGCAGCCGGAUGUGAUCCGAAGGGAGGUCGCUCUGAAGACCGAGGUUCAGCCCGAGGACGCGGCCACCGAGUUCGAGGUGACCAGGCCGGAAGGCAAGACCGCGAAAGGCGUCGCCGAGCUGCGGCAAGGCGUGAUCGUCACCGAGCCAAUGGCCGCCGGUGAGCUCGAGUCAGAUCUACCCGAGUCCGUGAUUCCUUUCGCGAAGUUAGUGAACGUUUCGAUCGUAGCCGAGCACCUGGAACACGUUGCUGAAACCACAGAAGCACCAGCCGAACAACAUCACAUCACAAUCACACCACAAUACACACCAACAACAACAACAAUAACAAAACACGAUACGCCACAGCAACAAACGAUCGAAUCGGACACAGAGGUGACCGAGGAGUACACUACGAAAUUCAGGCGCGGUAGUAGGGACGACGAGACAGCGGCGAUCAAGACCAAGAAAACGAUCAUCAGAAAACGAAAGACCGGCAAAGUGGCCGAGGAAGACAAUGUCGUCGUCAUCGAGGAAGAACUAGAAGACGUGAAGCCGACGGUGCCGGAGAUACCGAAGAAGCAAUUUAUGCCGAUCGAAGAGGUGAUCGCGGCCUCCUCGGACGUCGAAGAGAUCGCGCCGACGAUAAUCGAGGAGGUCGAGGAAACGACGCCGAAAAUCGAGGAGGCUGAAGAGGUGAGAAAGGUGACCAAGAAGAAGGUCAUCCGAAAGCGGGGCAAAGCGCAAGCGACCGAAGAGACCACCGAAGAGGAGGUCGAAGAAGAAAAGGUACCUGAAGAGUUCGUUGAGCCGAUUGCUCCGAUCGAGUAUGUCAAGCCUAAGCAAGUGGAGCAAGUUGAAGAGCAAGUGACCGUGACGGAAGAGACGACCAAGGAGGGCAAACCGAGAAAGACGACCAGGAAGAAGGUGAUCACGCGGAAAGGAAAGGAACAGCAGGUCACCGAGGUCGUCACGGUGGAGGAGCAAGGGAAGCGACCGGUUACCAGUGUUACUGAAGGACCUGUCGAAGAGGUAGUGGAGGAGUUCGUGAAACUGAUGCCGAAGCCGAAAUAUGCGAAACCUUCUGAAGUUGAGGAAGUAAGGGAACAGGUGACUGUUACCGAAGAAGUGACCAGAGAAGGUAAGCCGAAGAAGAUUAUAAAGAAGAAGGUCAUCAGACGCAAAGGAAAAGAACAGCAGGUGACUGAAGAGGUCACUGUCGAAGAGCAAGGAAAGGCACCGGUGACAAGUAUAACAGAAGGACCAGUUGAAGAAGUUGUUGAAGAGUUUGUAAAAGAAUUACCAAAGCCUAAAUACGCCAAGCCAUCUGAAGUUGAAGAAGUAAGAGAACAGGUGACUGUUACCGAAGAAGUGACUAGAGAAGGUAAACCCAAGAAGAUCAUAAAGAAGAAGGUAAUCAGGCGCAAAGGAAAAGAACAACAAGUUACUGAAGAAGUCACUGUUGAAGAGCAAGGGAAGGCACCGGUGACAAGUAUAACAGAAGGACCAGUUGAAGAAGUUGUUGAAGAGUUUGUAAAAGAAUUACCAAAGCCUAAAUACGCCAAGCCAUCUGAAGUUGAAGAAGUAAGAGAACAGGUGACUGUUACCGAAGAAGUGACUAGAGAAGGUAAACCCAAGAAGAUCAUAAAGAAGAAGGUAAUCAGGCGCAAAGGAAAAGAACAACAAGUUACUGAAGAAGUCACUGUUGAAGAGCAAGGGAAGGCACCGGUGACAAGUAUAACAGAAGGACCAGUUGAAGAAGUUGUUGAAGAGUUUGUAAAAGAAUUACCAAAGCCUAAAUACGCCAAGCCAUCUGAAGUUGAAGAAGUAAGAGAACAGGUGACUGUUACCGAAGAAGUGACUAGAGAAGGUAAACCCAAGAAGAUCAUAAAGAAGAAGGUAAUCAGGCGCAAAGGAAAAGAACAGCAGGUGACUGAAGAGGUCACUGUUGAAGAGCAAGGGAAGGCACCGGUGACAAGUAUAACAGAAGGACCAGUUGAAGAAGUAGUCGAAGAGUUCGUAAAAGUAUUGCCAAAGCCAAAAUACGCGAAACCAUCCGAAGUUGAAGAAGUCCGAGAACAAGUGACUGUUACCGAAGAAGUGACCAGAGAAGGUAAACCGAAGAAAAUCAUAAAGAAGAAGGUAAUAAGACGCAAAGGAAAAGAACAGCAAGUGACUGAAGAAGUCACAGUUGAAGAAAAAGGCAAAGCUCCUGUCACCACAGUGACGGAAGGACCUGUCGAAGAAGUAGUCGAAGAGUUCGUGAAACCGACUCCGAUGUUGGAGUUCUUAACACCAUCAGAAACCGAAGAAGUUCGCGAACAGGUUACCGUUACUGAAGAAGUGACCAAGGAAGGUAAACCGAAGAAGAUCACGAAGAAGAAGGUAAUAAAACGCAAGGGUAAAGAACAGCAAGUGACCGAAGAAGUCACGGUUGAAGAACAAGGAAAAGCACCAGUGACUAGCAUAACAGAAGGACCAGUAGAAGAAGUAGUCGAAGAGUUCGUGAAAGAAUUACCAAAGCCAAAAUACGCGAAGCCAUCUGAAGUUGAAGAAGUUAGAGAACAAGUGACUGUUACCGAAGAAGUAACGAGAGAAGGAAAACCCAAAAAGAUCACGAAGAAGAAGGUAAUCAGACGCAAAGGAAAAGAGCAACAAGUGACCGAAGAAGUCACCGUCGAAGAGCAAGGAAAAGCUCCAGUGACCAGCAUAACAGAAGGACCAGUUGAAGAAGUAGUCGAAGAGAUCAUCACACCUUUGCCCAGACCAAAAUACGCGAAACCUUCCGAAGUUGAAGAAGUCCAGGAGCAAGUAACCGUCACCGAAGAAGUGACCAAAGAAGGAAAACCUAAGAAGAUCACGAAGAAGAAGGUAAUAAAACGCAAAGGAAAAGAACAGCAAGUCACCGAAGAAGUGACAGUAGAAGAAAAAGGUAAAGCUCCGGUCACAACGGUGACCGAAGGACCAGUGGAAGAAGUACUCGAAGAGACGCUGUUACCAUUACCAUCUCCAGAAUUCGUGAAACCGUCUGAACUGGAAGAGGUUCGCGAGCAAGUGACCGUGACCGAAGAUGUCACGAGGGAAGGUAAGCCAAGAAGAAUCGUGAAGAGGAAGGUGAUAAGACGCAAAGGAAAGGAGCAGCGGGUGACGGAAGAGGUCACCGUUGAAGAGAAGGGCAAGUCUCCUGUCACUACGGUGACAGAGGGUCCGGUCGAGGAAGUUGUUGAAGAGUUCCUCAAGCCUUUGGCUGCUCCAGAAUUUGUAACACCGACCGAGAUGGAGGAGGUUCGAGAACAGGUGACUGUUACCAAAGAAGUGACCAGAGAAGGUAAGCCGAAGAAGAUCACGAAGAAGAAGGUGAUCAGACGCAAAGGUAAGGAACAACAGGUGACUGAAGAAGUGACUGUUGAAGAGCAAGGAAAGGCACCGGUGACAAGUAUAACAGAAGGACCAGUUGAAGAAGUAGUUGAAGAGUUUGUCAAACCAUUACCCAAACCGAAAUACGCGAAGCCAUCUGAAGUUGAAGAAGUAAGAGAACAGGUGACUGUUACUGAAGAAGUAACCCGAGAAGGAAAACCCAAAAAGAUCACGAAGAAGAAGGUAAUCAGACGCAAAGGUAAGGAACAACAGGUGACUGAAGAAGUCACUGUUGAGGAGCAAGGAAAAGCACCAGUGACUAGCAUAACUGAAGGACCAGUUGAAGAAGUAGUUGAAGAGUUUGUAAAAGAAUUACCAAAGCCAAAAUACGCGAAGCCAUCUGAAGUUGAAGAAGUAAGAGAACAAGUUACCAUCACUGAAGAAGUGACCAGAGAAGGUAAGCCUAAAAAGAUCACGAAGAAGAAGGUAAUAAAACGCAAAGGAAAAGAACAGCAAGUGACCGAAGAAGUCACCGUCGAAGAGCAAGGAAAAGCUCCAGUGACCAGCAUAACAGAAGGACCAGUUGAAGAAGUAGUCGAAGAGAUCGUCACACCUUUGCCGAGACCAAAAUACGCAAAACCAUCCGAAAUUGAAGAAAUCCGAGAACAAGUUACCGUCACCGAAGAAGUGACUAGAGAAGGAAAACCGAAGAAGAUCAUAAAGAAGAAGGUGAUCAGACGCAAAGGUAAAGAACAACAAGUGACCGAAGAAGUCACCGUCGAAGAAAAAGGUAAAGCUCCGGUCACAACGGUGACCGAAGGACCAGUCGAAGAAGUAGUCGAAGAGACACUGUUACCAUUACCUGCACCCGAGUUCGUAAAACCGUCCGAAGUCGAGGAAGUCCGUGAACAAGUCACAGUCACGGAAGAAGUAACGAAAGAAGGCAAGCCGAAGAAAGUGAUCAAGAAGAAGGUGAUAAGACGCAAGGGGAAAGAGCAGCGGGUGACCGAAGUGGUCACCGUCGAAGAAAAGGGCAAAGCUCCGGUGACUACAGUUACGGAAGGACCGGUUGAAGAAGUGGUGGAAGAAAUCGUCAAGGUCAAGCCUGCCGAAGUAGAGGAGGUUCGGGAGCAGGUGACCGUGACCGAAGAAGUGACCAAAGAAGGCAAACCGAAGAAGAUAAUAAAGAAGAAGGUCAUCAAAAGAAAGGGAAAAGUUCAACAGGUGACCGAGGAGGUCAUAGUCGAAGAAAAGGGUAAAGCUCCAGUGACUACUGUAACGGAGGGACCUGUUGAAGAAGUCGUUGAAGAAAUUCUAAAAGCGUUGCCCGCUCCCGAGUUCGUGAAACCAUCCGAGGUCGAGGAGGUUAGAGAGCAAGUGACCGUGACCGAAGAGGUCACGAGGGAGGGCAAGCCGAAGAGAGUGAUCAAGAAGAAGGUGGUAAGACGCAAGGGGAAGGAGCAACAGGUCACCGAGGAAGUCACUGUCGAAGAAAAGGGUAAAGCCCCUGUCACUACUGUCACGGAAGGUCCAGUCGAGGAGAUCGUUGAAGAAAUUCUAAAGGCGUUGCCAGCCCCAGAGUUUGCGAAACCGUCCGAGGUGGAGGAAGUACGUGAACAGGUGACCGUUACUGAAGAGGUAACGAGAGAAGGCAAGCCGAAGAAGAUCACGAAGAAGAAGAUUAUAAAGCGUAAAGGGAAGGAACAACGGGUCACCGAAGAGGUUACUGUCGAGGAGAAGGGCAAGGCCCCGGUCACUACGGUCACAGAAGGCCCUGUCGAAGAAAUUGUUGAAGAAAUCAUCAAGAAAUUACCUGCGCCCGAGUUCAUCAAGCCUUCCGAAGUGGAAGAAGUUCGGGAACAGGUGACCGUUACCGAAGAGAUCACCAAGGAAGGGAAGCCGAAGAGGGUGGUUAAGAAGAAGAUUAUAAAACGAAAGGGUAAAGAGCAACAGGUUACCGAAGAAGUCACCGUUGAGGAGAAAGGAAAAGCUCCUGUGACAACGGUAACAGAGGGGCCAGUCGAAGAGGUUGUAGAAGAGACAAUUACACCGCUACCAAUAUCAGAGUUUGUAAAACCAACAGAAGUUGAAGAAGUGCGAGAACAAGUAACAGUUACUGAAGAAAUAACGAAAGAAGGCAAACAAAAGAAAGUAAUCAAGAAAAAGGUCAUCAAACGAAAGGGUAAAGAGCAACAAGUCACCGAAGAAGUCACUGUUGAAGAAAAGGGCAAAGCUCCUGUAACUACUGUAAUAGAAGGACCAGUCGAAGAGGUUCUCGAAGAGACAAUUACACCACUACCAAUCUCAGAGUUUGUGAAACCGAGGGAAGUUGAAGAAGUGCGUGAACAAGUAACAGUCACCGAAGAAAUAACCAAGGAAGGCAAACCAAAGAAAGUAAUCAAGAAAAAGGUUAUCAAACGAAAGGGUAAAGAACAGCAAGUUACCGAAGAAGUCACUGUCGAAGAGAAGGGUAAAGCUCCUGUAACCACAAUAACAGAAGGUCCAGUUGAAGAGGUUGUGGAAGAGACGUUUACCGAAUUACCAAUAUCAGAAUUUGUGAAACCAACAGAAGUUGAAGAAGUGCGGGAACAGGUAACAGUUACUGAAGAAAUAACGAGAGAAGGCAAACCAAAGAAGAUAGUUAAGAAGAAGAUAAUAAAACGAAAGGGUAGAGAACAACAAGUUACCGAAGAAGUCACUGUCGAAGAGAAGGGUAAAGCUCCUGUAACCACAAUAACAGAAGGUCCAGUUGAAGAGGUUGUGGAAGAGACGUUUACCGAAUUACCAAUAUCAGAAUUUGUGAAACCAACAGAAGUUGAAGAAGUGCGGGAACAGGUAACAGUUACUGAAGAAAUAACGAGAGAAGGCAAACCAAAGAAGAUAGUUAAGAAGAAGAUAAUAAAACGAAAGGGUAGAGAACAACAAGUUACCGAAGAAGUCACUGUCGAAGAGAAGGGUAAAGCUCCUGUAACCACAAUAACAGAAGGUCCAGUUGAAGAGGUUGUGGAAGAGACGUUUACCGAAUUACCAAUAUCAGAAUUUGUGAAACCAACAGAAGUUGAAGAAGUGCGGGAACAGGUAACAGUUACUGAAGAAAUAACGAGAGAAGGCAAACCAAAGAAGAUAGUUAAGAAGAAGAUAAUAAAACGAAAGGGUAGAGAACAACAAGUUACCGAAGAAGUCACUGUCGAAGAGAAGGGUAAAGCUCCUGUAACCACAAUAACAGAAGGUCCAGUUGAAGAGGUUGUGGAAGAGACGUUUACCGAAUUACCAAUAUCAGAAUUUGUGAAACCAACAGAAGUUGAAGAAGUGCGGGAACAGGUAACAGUUACUGAAGAAAUAACGAGAGAAGGCAAACCAAAGAAGAUAGUUAAGAAGAAGAUAAUAAAACGAAAGGGUAAAGAACAACAAGUUACCGAAGAAGUCACUGUUGAAGAAAAAGGCAAAGCUCCUGUCACUACGGUAACAGAAGGUCCAGUGGAAGAAGUUCUCGAAGAAACAGUCACACCAUUACCAAUCUCAGAAUUUGUAAAACCAACAGAAGUUGAAGAAGUACGCGAGCAAGUAACAGUCACCAAAGAAAUAACCAAAGAAGGCAAGCCAAAGAAAAUAGUUAAGAAGAAGAUAAUAAAACGGAAAGGAAAAGAGCAACAAGUCACCGAAGAAGUCACUGUCCAAGAAAAAGGAAAAGCUCCAGUCACCACGGUAACAGAAGGUCCAAUUGAAGAAAUCAUCGAAGAAAUACUAAAACCAUUGCCUGCUCCGGAAGUUGAAGAAGUGCGGGAACAGGUAACAGUCACUGAAGAAAUAACCAAAGAAGGCAAACCAAAGAAGGUAAUCAAGAAGAAGGUCAUCAAACGAAUAGGAAAAGAGCAACAGGUUACGGAAGAAGUCACUGUUGAAGAAAAGGGAAAAGCUCCUGUCACUACGGUAACAGAAGGUCCAGUGGAAGAAGUUCUCGAAGAAACAGUCACACCAUUACCAAUCUCAGAGUUUGUGAAACCAACAGAAGUUGAAGAAGUCCGUGAACAAGUAACAGUCACCGAAGAAAUAACCAAAGAAGGCAAGCCAAAGAAGGUAGUUAAAAAGAAAAUAAUAAAACGAAAGGGUAAAGAGCAACAAGUCACCGAAGAAGUCACCGUCCAAGAAAAGGACAAAGCUCCUGUCACUACAAUAACAGAAGGUCCAAUUGAAGAAAUCAUCGAAGAGAUACUAAAACCACUGUUUGUGAAACCAACAGAAGUUGAAGAAGUGCGUGAACAAGUAACAGUCACCGAAGAAAUAACCAAAGAAGGCAAACCAAAGAAAGUAAUCAAGAAAAAGGUCAUCAAACGAAAGGGUAAAGAACAACAAGUCACCGAAGAAGUCACCGUUGAAGAAAAGGGCAAAGCUCCAGUCACCACAGUAACAGAAGGUCCAGUUGAAGAAGUUCUGGAAGAAACAGUCACACCAUUACCAAUCUCAGAAUUUGCGAAACCAACAGAAGUGGAAGACGUUCGUGAACAAGUAACAGUCACCGAAGAAAUAACCAAGGAAGGAAAACCGAAGAAAGUAAUCAAGAAAAAGGUCAUCAAACGAAAGGGUAAAGAACAACAAGUUACCGAAGAAGUCACUGUGGAAGAAAAGGGUAAAGCUCCAGUCACUACAAUAACAGAAGGUCCACUGGAAGAAGUUCUCGAAGAGACAAUUACUCCACUACCAAUCUCAGAGUUUGUAAAACCAACAGAAGUUGAAGAAGUACGUGAACAAGUAACAGUCACCGAAGAAAUAACCAAGGAAGGAAAACCGAAGAAAGUAAUCAAGAAAAAGGUCAUCAAACGAAAGGGUAAAGAGCAACAAGUUACCGAGGAAGUCACUGUCCAAGAAAAAGGAAAAGCUCCAGUCACCACAGUAACAGAAGGUCCAAUCGAAGAAAUUCUCGAAGAAACAGUCACACCAUUACCAAUCUCAAAGUUUGUGAAACCAACAGAAGUUGAAGAAAUCCGUGAACAAGUAACAGUCACCGAAGAAAUAACCGAAGAAGGCAAGCCAAAGAAGGUAGUUAAAAAGAAAAUAAUAAAACGAAAGGGUAAAGAGCAACAAGUCACCGAAGAAGUCACCGUCCAAGAAAAGGACAAAGCUCCUGUCACUACAAUAACAGAAGGUCCAAUUGAAGAAAUCAUCGAAGAGAUACUAAAACCACUGCUCGCUCCAGAAGUCGUCAAGCCAACAGAAGUUGAAGAAGUGCGUGAACAAGUAACAGUCACCGAGGAAAUAACGAAAGAAGGCAAACCAAAGAAAAUAAUCAAGAAAAAGGUCAUCAAACGAAAGGGUAAAGAACAACAAGUCACCGAAGAAGUCACAGUCGAAGAAAAGGGUAAAGCUCCUGUCACCACAGUAACAGAAGGUCCAGUUGAAGAAGUUCUCGAAGAGACAGUUACUCCUCUACCUGUCCCAGAGUUCGCGAAACCGUCCGAAGUCGAAGAGAUCCGCGAGCAAGUCACUGUCACCGAAGAAGUGACAAAGGAAGGCAAGCCGAAGAAGAUCACGAAGAAGAAGGUGAUCAAACGUAAGGGAAAAGAGCAACAAGUCACCGAAGAAGUCACCGUCGAGGAGCCAGGCAAGGCUCCGAAGACGACGAUAACCGAGGGGCCAGUUGAAGAAGUGAUCGAGGAAACGGUGAAGCCGCUCGAAGCUGUAGAAGUUCCCGAAGAAGCAUUGGUCCCCGAAGGCGUCGCGAAGAAACCUAAGCCGAAGAAGCUGGUAAAAAAGAAAAUAACAAAAGACGUCGAAGAAGUCGUGUCCGAAGUCAUCGAAUCCGCUCCCGAAGCUCCCGAAGUUCCUGAAGCUCCAACUAAGAAGCCCUUCAAGCUCCAGCGGCUGAAGGUAUCCAAGAUCGAAACGAUGAAGCUGGAAGCGCAGGAGGUGUCCUUGAACAAGCCUCAAUUCGCGCAGAUCACACUGCGCAAGACGCCGAAGCCGAAGCGUCCGGAAGCGAAGAAAGAGAAGCUUCCGCGCGUGUUACUGAAGAGCCGCAUCGUCGCCAUCGAGUUCCCGCCGAAGCCGAGGUUGCUGCGGAUCACCGAGUUGGAGCCGAUCGAGUUACAAAGCGGCGUUCUGUCGCGGAACGUGGAGGAGGCGGCCGCGUUACCGAAGCCGAAGAAGAAGAAGGUGAAGCAGCUGAAGAAAGAGUUCGCGAAACUAGAACAACUAGACAAAGAGUUCGCUGAGCUGAAGAAAGUAUUACCUUUAGAAAAACUUGAGGAGCCGGUCGCGCUGAAGCCGGAGAAGAAGUUGAAGAAGAAGCCGAAGAAAAAGCCCGAAGCGGUGCUUCUAGAAGAGGAGCUGCGUCCGCAAUUGCGUCGGCUCAGCAUCAAAGAACAAAAGCCGAUCAAACCGAAGAUCGACGAGCCGGCGACGCCACUGUUCGCGCAGAUCAAGCUGAAGAAGCCGAAGCCGACGCCGAAGAGGGUCGGCAAGGACGAGGGCAAGUUCCCGAAGUUCUUGCUGCGGAGUCGCAUAACCGCGCACGAAUAUCCGCCGUCGAUGCGGUAUCCGAGCAUCACCGAAUUGGAGCCGAACUACGUGCAGACGGGAAUCCUGUCGCGCACGAUGGAAGAAGCCUUGAAGAUCAAGAAGAUCAAGCACAAGAAGAUGAAGCUCCCCGAAAAAGAGCUAACUGACCUGGAGAAGCUUGACCAGGAGUUAGAGGAGCUGAAGAAGGUGCCGCUGGAGAAGGUCGAGGAGCUGGCACCGUACGAGCGGAAGCCGCGGCCGGAGAUGGUUGAGGAGGAGAAGCCGAAGAAGCUGAAGAUCGGCAAGGGUAAGCGGCGACCAGAAGAGCCGGAGGAGCAAGAGAUCGUGAAGCUGAAGAAGAUCCCGGAGAAGGCGCCGGAGGUGCCUGAAGAGGCUGUGCUGGCUCCGAGGAAGAAGGACGAGGCGGAGAAGCCUGAGAAGGUUAAAGAAGAGAGAGAAUACCCGGAGCUGAAGCCGUUCGAGCCUUACGACGUGGACAGAAGCGACGUUGAACUCGAAGAGUACGAGAAGCCGGAGUUUCCGGCGCCGGAGGAGCCGAAGCCGAAGAAGGCACCGGCGAAGAGGCCGAAAAAGGAGCGCAAGCUGCCCGAGCAGGAGACCGAGGCGGUCCCCAUAGUGCCGGGGGUCCCGAGGCCCAAAGAGCCUGAAGAGGAGGAGGAGAUCAAGCGGAGGAUCCCGGAGCGGCCGGCGCCGGCGGAGGAGCCUGAAGAGAUCAGGCUGAAGCCGUGGAAGAAGCCGGCGGAGCCUGAAGAAGGCGAGAAGAAGCCGGAGGAUUACAUAAAGUUCGUUCCGAGGGACGACGACAUUGUUGAGACGGUCGAGGUGGUCACGACCUUGGAGGUCGAGGAGACCCCGGAGAAGAAGCCGAGACGUAUCAAGAGGAAAAAGACGACGACGAGGCGCGGCGACGAGAGCCCGAAGGUCGUCGAAGAGACGACGGUCGAGGAAGAGGGCGCCGAGCCCGUCGUCACGGUCGCCGAGAUCGUUGAAGAGAUGCCGGAGCUCGUUAGCCCUGUCGAGGCUGUCGUGAAGCCCGCGCCCGUCGAAGAGAUCAGAGAGGAGAUCGUGACGAGCGAGAUCGUCGAGGAGGGCGUUAAGAGAACGGUCCACAAAAAGCGGGUGACGAGGAAACGCGAAGGUAAAGAACGGGUCACCGAGGAGGUGGUCGUCGAGGAGGAAGGUAAAGCGCCGUUAACGGCGACAAUAGAACUACCUGAAGACACUACACCAGAAAUACACGAAAAACCCAAACACAAAAGACCGAUUAAACCCAAAGCCGAUGAGACUGUGCACGAAGAUGUCGCGGAGAAGACGAUUCAACAGGAGGAGAUCAUCGAGGAAGCGAAGGAAGUCAAAAAGGUUCCGAAGAAGAAGAAGCCGGUAACGGCGAAGGACGAGGUGACGGAGGAGGUCGUGGAGGAGAUAACGAUCGAAGAGCCGGAGAAGCGGAAGGCGAAGCCGGUCGUCGAGGAAGAGGAGACGGUGACGGUGACGGAGCUCGACGUGAGGAAAGCGCCGAAGAAGAAAAAGGAAGUCGUGAUAAAAGAAGAAGAGGAGAUCUUCGAGACGAUCGAGACGCCGACCCAGAAGAUCAUCCGGAAGAAGAGGCGGCCGAUGAAGAAAGGCGAGGAGGAGGUCGUGGUCGAGGAGAUCAUAAUAAAGCCCCGCGAAGAGACCAUCGAAAUGGAAGAACAGCGGAUCGUCGAGGUGGUCGAGACGCCGACGACGAAGAUCAUCAAGAAGAAGAAGGCGGUGACGAGGGACGACGGUGUCCCUGAAGAGGUGAUCGAGGAGAUCCGCAUCGAGAAGCCGAAGAAAGAAAAGGCGAAGCCGCUCGUAGAAGAGGAGAAGGAGACUGUGACCGUGACGAAGGUCGAGCUGAAGAAGGCGCCGAAGAAGCCGAAAGAAGAGAUCGAAGAAGAGGAAGAAGAGGAGAUCGUCGAGAUUAUCGAGACACCGACGAAGAAGAUCGUUCGGAAGAAACCGAAGAAGGAGGCCAAGGUCGUUGAAGAGGUGAUCGAGAAGACGGCGGAGGAGGCGAAGGUCAUGGAGGAGCAGGAGAUCGUGGAGAUAGUUGAGACGCCUACGCGAAAGGUCGUGAAGAAGAAGAGGGCGACGGUGAAGGAGGGCAAAGUGACCGAGGAGGUCGAGGAGCUCGUGAUCGAGAAGCCCGUGAAGGAGAAGGCGAAGAAGAAGGUCGUCCCGAAGGAGGGCAUCGAGGUCACGGAGGUCGUCGCGGAGACGCCAGUCGAAGAGCUCGAGGCGGAGAAGAUCGAGCCGGAAGAAGCCAAGCCCUCCGAAAUAGAAGAAGAAGAGAAACCAAAGGUGUCGGAGGUGGUCGUGAAGAAAGCGCCGAAGAAGAAGAAGACGGUCACCGUGGUCGAAGCUGAGGAGAAGGUCGAAGUUGUGGAAGAAUUGAAGCCCGAAGAGCCUGAAGAGGAGAAGCCGAAGCCGAUAAUCUCCGAAGAGGAGGCCGUCGAGAUAACGGAAGUGGUCACCGAGGAGGUUCCGGAGAAGGCGAAGCCGAAGAAGAAGAAGAAGGCGACGGUGGUGGAGGAGAAAGAGGAGAAAGUGGUUGUGGAGAAGGUGGUGCUGAAGAAGGCGCCGGAAGAGACGGUCCCGGAGGAACUACCGGAGGAACUCCCGGAGGAAGAAGUGAAAGAACUCGUCCCGGAGAAGCCGAAGAAGAUCAAGGCGAAGAAGGAAGUGACCCCGUCAGAGGGCAUCGUGACGACGGAGGUGGUCGCCACGACGGCGGAGGAGAAACUGGAGGUCGAAAAACCGGAAGAGGAAAAGGCGACGGUAACCGAAGAGGAACGGGAGGUGUCUAAGGUGGAGGAGAAGAAGGUCGCCGUGAAGAAGGCCCCGCGGAAGAAGGAGAAGCCGACCACAGCCGAGGAGGAGCAGGUGGAGGAAGUUGUCGAAGAGAUAACGCCGGAAGAGCCGAAGAAGAGGAAGGCGAAGAAGACGGUGGUUCCCAAAGAAGAGCUUCAAACGACCGAAGUGGUCGCUGAAGUCGCGACAGAGGAGAUAGAGGAGGAGAAGCCGAAGGAGGAGAAAGCCGUUCCGAAAGAAGAAGAGAAGGUGGAGGAGGAGGCCAAGGUUACGGAGAUUGCCGUCAAGAAAGUGCCGAAGAAGAAGAAGAAGGAGGAGCCGAUCACGAAUGGAGAGGUGGUCGAGGAGAAGCCGAAGGAGAAAGAAAUUCCGGAGGAGAAGCCGAAGGAAGAAGUUCCAGAAGCGCCAAAAGAAGAAGAGGCUCUGAAAGGAGAAGAGGCUCCGAAAGAGAAGCCGAAGAAGAAGAAGCCGGUGGAAAAGAAGCCCGCCGUGGCGGAGGAAGAAAAGGUCGAAGAGAAAGUGGAAGAAAUAAUCGAAGAAAAACCAAAGAAAGUAAAGGCAAAGAAAGAGGUGGUGCCGAAGGAGGCCGUGGAAGCCGCCGAGGUCGUUCCCGAAGCGGUUCCCGAAGAGCUGCCAGCGAAGAAGCCCAAAGAGCGCAAGGCCGUGCCGGUCGAAGAAGCGAAGGAAGAAGUGGUGGUUGAAGAAGUUCCGGUGGAGAAGGCUCCGGAGAAAGUAGAAAAAUUACCGGAAGAAGUGGUCGAAGGGAAACCGGUGGAAGAAGCGGCGGAGAAGCCGAAGGAGAAGCCGAAGAAGAAGAAGAAGAAACCGGCGAAGAAAGAUGAAAUCGAGGAGUGGGUGGAGCCGGAGUACGAGCGACCGGUGCUGGAGAAGAUGCCGGAGAAGAUCCAGUGGGAGCCGAGCAAGAAGAAGAAGGAGAAGAAGGAGCUGCCGGCGGUCCUGCAGAAGCUGGUCCCGCAGAAGAUCGAGCGGAAGGAGAUCAAACCGACGAAGCUGAAGUACUCGGAGCCCGGCGAAACCGUGCAGUUCGCAGCGGUGAAACUGAAGAAGGUGGCGCCGGCGAAGAAGAAGAGCGUCGGCGAGCCGAAGUUCCCGAAGAUCAUGCUGCGGAGCAGGAUCCAGUUCGUUGGCGACUAUCCUCCGGAGAUGCAGGUGCCGAAGAUAACGGAGCUGGAGGAGAAUCCCGUGCAGACGGGAAUACUCUCUAGAAACACGGAGGAGGCGCUGAAGGUCCUGAAGAGGAAGAUCAAACGGGUUAAAUUGUCGGAGAAGGAGGUCGCGGAGCUGGAGAAGCUGGAUCUGGAGUUCGAGGAGCUGAAGAAGGUGCCGCUGGAGAAGGCCGAGGAGCUGGCCCCGUACGAGCGGAAGCCGAAGAAGCCGGCGGAGAAGCCGGAGGAGCCGCAGAAGUUGGUCGUGGGCAAGGGCAAGGUGCCGGAGGAGGAGAAGGUCGAGCCGGAGAAGGUGAAGCUGAAGAAGAUACCGGAGGCGAAGCCCGAGGAGGUACCAGAGCCGCUGAAGAAGCCAGCGAGGCCGGAACCGGAAGAGGAGGUCAAGCCGGAGAAGAAGAAGAAGCCGAAAGUGAAGUUGGAGCACGACGAGCUGAAGCCUCUGGACUUCGACAGGCCGGAGCUCGAGAAGUACGUUCCCGAAGAGUACGAGAAACCCGAAGAGCCGGCGCCGGAGCCGGUUCCGAAACCGUACGAGAAGGAGCCGAGGAAGAAGCCGGAUCAAGAGAUCGAGCAGAUACCUCUGAUAAAAGGUGAGCCGAAACCACCCGAGCCGGUCGAAGAGCCGGAGGUCAAGUUCAGGAUUCCGGAGAAGAAGAAACCGGAAGAGGAGGAGGAGAAGAUAACGUUGAAGCCGUGGAAGAAGGAAAAGCCUGAAGAAGUCGUCGAGAAAGUGAUACCGGUGAAGGAGGAGGAGGAAGUCCCGAAGGCACCGAAAGAAGAGCCCGAGGACGUUACGAUCAAGCGCAAGGCGAAGCCGAAGAAACCCAAAGAGAAAGCUCCCAAGGAAGAGGAAGUGACGCUGAAGAAACCGGAAGCCGUGGAACCGGAAAAGGCGCCGGAAGUAACGGAAGAGAUCGUGCUGAAGAAAGAGCCCGAGAAGCCUGUCGAGGAAGCGCCAGCCGAAGUGACGAUCAAAGAACCAGUCGUCGAAGAGAAAGAGGUGGAAGAAGAAGAAGUCGUGACCGAGGUCACCCUGAAGAAGAAGCCAAAGAAACCGGCCGAGGUGGCAGAGGAAGCUGUCGUGAAGAAGCCGAAGAAGAAGAAGCCUGUCGAGGAAGAAGAAGUCGCAGAGGUCACGGUUACGAAACCGGUUGUCGAAGAGAAGGUGGUCGAGGAAGAGGAAGUCAAGGAAGAAAUUGUGAUAAAGAGGAAGCCCAAGGAGAAGCCGGUUCCCGAAGAGGUGGUUGAAGAAGUGGUCGUUAAGAAACCGGAAGAGAAAGUGCCGGAACAAGUGACCGAGGAGAUAAAGAAACCAAAGAAGAAGAAGCCCGUGAAGGAAGAAGUCGUCGAAGAGGUGACGAUCAAGAAACCGGUCGUGGAAGAGAAGAAGGAGGAAGAAGUUCCUGAAGAGGUGACCUUGAAGAAGAAGAAGCCGAAGGAGAAGCCGGUUCCGGAAGAAGUAGCCGAAGAGAUUACCCUGAAGAAACCGGAACCUGAAGAAGUGGCGAAGGUGCCGGAAGAAGUGACCGAGCAAGUCGAGCUGAAGAAGCCGAAGAAGAAGAAGCCGGUGGUCGAAGAAGCGGCCGAGGAAAUUACUAUCAAGAAGGUCGUGGUAGAAGAGAAGAAAGAGGAGGAGGUUCCUGAAGAGGUGACCUUGAAGAAGAAGAAGCCAAAGGAGAAACCGAUGCCGGAAGAAGUGUCGGAGGAAGUAACGCUGAAGAAACCGGAGCCAGAAGAGAAGGUGAAAGUUCCCGAAGAGGUGAGCGAAGAGGUCGAGCUGAAGAAGCCGAAGAAGAAGAAGCCGGUGGUGGAAGAAGCGGCCGAGGAAAUUACGAUCAAGAAGGUCGUUGUUGAAGAGAAGAAAGAGGAAGAGGUUCCUGAAGAGGUGACCCUCAAGAAGAAGAAACCGAAGGAGAAGCCGGUUCCUGAAGAAGUAGCCGAAGAGGUUACUCUGAAGAAACCGGAACCCGAAGAGAAGGCUCCGGAAGAGGUCAGCGAACAAGUCGAGCUGAAGAAGCCGAAGAAGAAGAAGCCGGUUGUGGAGGAAGCUGCGGACGAAGUGACGCUGAAGAAGGUGGUGGUUGAAGAGAAGAAAGUGGAGGAGGUUGCAGAGGAGGUCACCUUGAAGAAGAGGAAGCCGAAGGAGAAGCCGGUUCCUGAAGAAGUAGCCGAAGAGGUUACUCUGAAGAAACCGGAACCCGAAGAGAAGGCUCCGGAAGAGGUCAGCGAACAAGUCGAGCUGAAGAAGCCGAAGAAGAAGAAGCCGGUGAUCGAAGAAGCGGCCGACGAAGUGGCGAUCAAGAAGGUCGUGAUAGAAGAGAAGGAAGAGGAGGAAGUUCCUGAUGAGGUCACUUUGAAGAAGAAGAAACCGAAAGAGAAGCCGGUUCCGGAAGAGGUGUCAGAAGAGAUUACCCUGAAGAAGCUGGUACCGAAAGAAGAAGAAAAAGCGCCGGAAGAGGUUUCUGAAAAGGUCGAGCUGAAGAAGCCAAAGAAGAAGAAGCCGGUAGUCGAGGAAGCGGCCGACGAAGUGACGAUCAAGAAGGUCGUGGUAGAAGAGAAAGAAGGGGAAGAAGUUCCUGAAGAGGUAACCUUGAAGAAGAGGAAACCAAAGGAAAAGCCGGUUCCGGAAGAAGUGUCGGAGGAGAUUACCCUGAAGAAGCCAGUUCCGAAGGAAGAAGAGAAAGCGCCGGAAGAGGUGUCCGAGAAAGUGGAGCUGAAGAAGCCGAAGAAGAAGAAGCCGGUGGUCGAAGAUGCGGCCGACGAGGUGACGAUCAAGAAACCGGUCGUGGAAGAGAAGGAAGAAGAAGAGGUUGCCGAAGAGGUAACCUUGAAGAAGAGGAAACCAAAGGAAAUGCCGGUUCCGGAAGAAGUGUCGGAGGAGGUUACCCUGAAGAAGCCGGUGCCGAAAGAGGAGGAGAAAGAACCCGAAGAGGUCACCGAGAAGGUGGAGCUGAAGAAGCCGAAGAAGAAGAAGCCGGUGGUCGAAGAAGCGGCCGACGAAGUGACGAUCAAGAAGCCGGUGCCCGUCGAAGCUGAGGAAGCUCCCGAGGAGAUCACCAUCAGAAAGAAGAAGAAGCCGGAGAAACGGCCGUCGGUCACGGAGGAGGUCGAGGAGACUGCGGUGACCCUGAAGAAAACUCGCGCGCCGCUCGAGAAGCCGGUCGAGGAAGAAGAGGUGUCGACGGACGUGCAAAUAAGGAAGAAGAAAGCGCCGCGGAAGGUCGAGGAGGUCGCGGCUGACGAGCUCACGAUCAAGAAGGUCGAGGAGGUCGAGCAGCCGGAAGAAGAGGAAGAAGAAGAGAUCCACGAGUUCACGUUAAAACGUAAACCGCCGAAGCUCGCCCCGAAGCCGAUCGAGGAGAUCUACGAGGACGUCACUCUCCGGAAGCUGCGGCCGAAGAAGAAACCCAGGCCGGACAUCAAGGAGAUUACCGAGACGGAGAACGUGACGUUCCGUCCGCGGUCCACCAAGACCAAGGAGGAUGUGGAGCAGGAGUUCAAGAUCUCGUUGAACACCUACGAGGAGGAGGACAUCUCGAUGUCCGGGAAAGUCCGACUGAAGCCGAAGAAGCGGCCGAUGACCUAUUCCGAGGAGGCCGGCGAGGAGACGGUCAAGAUCAUGCGAGAAGUCGAGGACGACUCCGGCCCGAUCAUUGAGGAGAUCAUAGACGAGUCGGACGAGGAGGCCAAGGACGAGUACAGCAUCGAGGAGCUGGAGACCGACGAGAUGAACCUUCCGUUGAGACGCAGGAAGAAGAAGGUACCCAAACCGUACAAGGUCGAGGACCUCGAAGAAGGCGACGUCAAGCUGAAGUUGAAGCGCGAGAGAAAGUACUCGGUCGAGGAGACGGACGAGUCCUUGGCCCUGAAGCUGAAGAGCAAGAGACGCGUGUCCACCUACGACGAAGAAGAGGCAACGCUGAGUAUCACCAGAGAAGAGGAGAUCUCGGAGGAAGAUGAAAUCGAGUACGUUGUCCGCGACGGCGACACGAUGUUCUCGAUUUGCUCGUACGUCGCUGAAACCGACGAAGCCAUCAAUCUCGUCGAAGGUGAAAGGGUUUACGUUAUCGAUCACACCAACCAGGACUGGUGGUUCGUGAAGAAACACCUCACGGAGGAGAAGGGAUGGGUCCCGGCGCAGUAUCUUCUGAACGAAGCGCACUAUACUCUCUAUCUGCAGCGCAAAUUGCACGAGAAGAUCGACAAAUUACCAGUGUUCGAAAAGCCCCCGCCCGGCGAGAAAGCAUCGGCGCCGAGGUUCAUCGAGAAGCUGCAACCGAUACACACGCCGGAUGGCUACACGAUUCAAUUCGAGUGCCAAGUGGAGGGUCUGCCGAGGCCGCAGAUCACGUGGUUCCGGCAAACCGCGAUCAUCAAGCCGUCUCCCGAUUUCCAAAUGUAUUACGACGACGACAACGUGGCCACUUUGAUCAUCCGAGAGGUGUUCCCCGAAGAUGCUGGCACCUUCACCUGCGUCGCCAAGAAUGCUGCUGGAUUUGCGUCCAGUACUACGGAAUUGAUCGUUGAGGCGCCACUUUCUGAUCACGGAUCGGAUCUCACUGGACCGUCCAGAAAGAGUCUGUCGAGAGAAUCAUCCCUGGCCGACAUCUUGGAAGGAAUACCACCCACGUUCUCCCGGAAACCGAAGGCGAAAUACGUGAACGAGGGCGACGACGUGAUCCUGGAGUGUCGCCUGGUCGCGGUACCGGAACCUGAAAUAACAUGGUACUACAAGGACAAGCAGAUCACGUCCAAAGAGAACAUCAGAGUAGCGACAGAAAGCGACAUGCACAUGUACUGCAGCGUUAUCAAGAUCACCAAGGUGCAGAAGAAGCAAGAAGGGAAGUACACCAUCGUUGCCAAGAACAGGGAAGGUGAAGCCACCAUCGAGAUUCCUUUGAAGGUGAAGACCGGCAAACAAGAGCCGCCGGAGUUUCUAGAACCCCUUCAGUCGUUUGUAGUCCGAGAAGGCGAAACUGUAUUGUUGUCGACUCAAAUAGUCGGAAAUCCGGCGCCCAAGAUCAGUUGGUACAAGAACGGCAAACCGCUGAAAGGCUUGACGCCGAAACAAGAUGGCCACGUGAAUACGUUGACGCUGAUUCAACCGCAAGUGUCGGACACUGGAGAUUAUUCGGUGGUGGCUACCAACGACCUAGGCACUGUCGAGACGAAAGCCACGCUCACAGUCGAAAUAAACGCGAAGCCAUCGAUGUCCAUUAACAUUCAACAGCACACGUACGAACACUACACCGUGACAAAGGAAAUACCAAGCGGUGCUCCCGAACCACCAUUGUUCACGGAACGGUUCCAAGAACUUACCGUUCCAGAGAAAGGCACCUUCAAGCUUGUCGCCAAGGUCACUGGUAAUCCUGUACCGGAAGUCACGUGGUUGAGGAACAAUAUGCCGUUGGAGAAGUCUCCGAACGUCACGGAGACGUACGACGGCGAGAACAUCGUCCUUGAGAUUCGGAACGCCAACUCGGAGACGGACGCCGGCGAUUACAAGUGCAUCGCCAGCAAUCCUGUCGGCAAAGCUUCGCAUGGCGCCAGAGUCACGGUGGACGUCGACAAAGUGACGUUCACGAAGUUGCUGGAAAAGGAAGUCGUCGUCGACGAGUACAAGACGCUGGAGCUGACCUGCGAGACAUCCCACACGGUCUCGACGAAAUGGUGGCACAAUUACAAAGAAGUCAGCGGCAUGGAUCAUCGCGAGAUCAUUCAGGAGGGACACGUGCAUAAGCUGGUGAUCAAGAAGACCAGUCCCACCGACGAGGGCACCUACGAGUGCACCGUCAAGGAUCAGGCAACGUCCAGCAAUGUCACGGUGAAAGCGACGAAGCCAGAGUUCGUGAAGAAGCUGCAGGACUGCGAAGUGAAGGAACGCGACGUCGCCAUUUUGGAGGUCGAGAUCACGUCGCAGACCGCCGACGUAAAAUGGUUCAAGGACGGCGAACCGCUUGGACCGGGCAAAGAGAAAUUGGAAUUCGUGAAGGAUGGUACCGUGAGAAAGCUGCUGAUCCGAAGUACGUCGGUGCACGACGAGGGAGAAUAUUCUUGCACUCUGUUGGACCAACAAUGCACGGCAGAAGUCACUGUUAUCGAAUUACCACCGGAGAUCAUUACGAAGAUGCAGGACGUGACCAUAGCGAGAGGCGAGAGGGCAACUUUCGAGAUCGAAUUGACGAAAGGAGACGCGCUGGUACGGUGGUUCAAGGACGGCCAGGAGUUACAGUUCUCCGAGCACGUGCAGUUGUCCAUAGACGGCAAGAGACAACGGCUGAAGAUCUACGACACCGAACCGGAAGACGCGGCCGUCUACUCCUGCGAGGUUGGCAAACAGACAUCAUCGGCGAAACUGACUGUCGAGGAGCCUGGCGUCGACUUCAUCACGAAGCUGCCGGACGUGACGCUGGUACCGUACAACAACGACGCAGUUUUCAUCAUAGAACUGUCGCAGAAUGUGCCGGUCACGUGGCUCAGAAAAUCGGAAGUGCUCAAGGAUUCGCCGAAAUACAGCAUCGUCGACGAGGGCACCGUGAAGAAACUGAUCGUUAGAAAAUGCACGGUGGAGGACAUCGCGGAAUACACCGCGGUGGUCACCAACGUGAAGACGUCGUCGAAAUUACGCGUGGAAGUGGUAGAAACGCCGCCGAAGAUCAAUCCGGAGACGCCUAAGAAGUACAAAGUGAGGAAAGGCGAGGACGUCGACGUGAUUGUCAACUACACCGGAACUCCAAGACCUAACGACGAAUGGACGGUGAACGGCAAUGUGGUUACAAAGUCGAAGCGAACUGUGCCGUCGCUGGACGAGGAAUACGCGAGCCUGACCAUCAGGAAAAUCCAAGAGGAAGACGUCGGCGACUACACAUUGAAACUGGUGAAUCACCUUGGCGAGAGCAGUAUCGAUAUCACGGUCGUCAUAGUGCAUCUGCCGAGUGCACCGGGAGCACCGGAACCGUUGGAAAUCACCGACGACAGUGUCACGCUUCACUGGAAGAAACCGGAUUCGGAUGGCAAUUCGCCUAUCGUCGAAUACAUUCUCGAACGCCAAGAGAAGACCAAGACUUCAUGGACCAGGAUCACGGAGACAAUAACGGAGACCACGCACAAGGUCACGAAAUUGACCACAAACAUGGAGUACACGUUCCGCGUGACAGCCGUGAACGAGGAAGGCCCGGGUGACACAUCGCCAAAUUCUCCGUACAUCAAAAUAUCGAAGCCAUUGGCAGAAGAACCGCCAACCGUCCUGGAACCCCUCAAGAGCGUUAUUGCGAGACUAAACGAGACUGUCACCCUCUCCUGUAUCAUUGGCGGAUCGCCAACUCCAGAGAUUACUUGGUUGAGAAAUGGCGAAACGUUCGCAGACAGCAGCAUCACGUACGAGAACCGCGUCGCGAAAUACACCGUCCAGGAGACAACAGAGACCUCGUCGGCGACGUUCACGGUGAAAGCGAAGAACAGCGUCGGAACAGCGGAAACAACGUGCGAGCUUAAAGUACAAGAACCACCGGAGAUCAGUUACGACGAGACGCUCGCUAGCCAGAAUUUACCCGUGAACACCGAAUGGACGAUCGAGAUACGAACCACCGGUUUCCCGAAACCGGAAGUCACGUGGACGAAGAACAGCAAGAAGAUCGUCGACAAACGUGUCUCCGUACGGGCCGAGGAGAAAACUUCUACCAUCUCUGUUUCGACUCUUGUCAGAGAAGACACUGCCACCUAUACAGCAAAGGCGACCAAUCAAGCUGGCAGUUCCUCGGUCGAUCUGCGUCUGCGAGUGAUCGACAAACCAAGUAAACCGCAAGGGCCGGUGAUCUUCAAAGAAGUGAGACAAGAUCGUGUUACCCUCGAAUGGCGGCCACCGGCCGACGACGGCGGCAUCGAGCUCGAGAAGUACACCAUCGAGAAGUGCGAGCCCGGCAAGGCCUGGGUGAAAGUGGUCGACAUCGACAAAGAGGUGGAGAGCUUCUGCGUCCACAAGCUGCAGCAAGACGCGGAGUACAUAUUCAGGAUCAUCGCUAGGAACAUUGUUGGAGCAUCGGAACCAUUGGAAUCGGACACGGUCAAGAUGAGGACUUCCUUCGAACCACCAGGACCACCGAGAGGACCGCUAGAAGUAUCGGGAAUGACGAAGACAUCAUUCACAAUAAAAUGGCAGCCACCGGAGAACGACGGAGGCACGCCAAUCACGGACUACAUCGUCGAGAUGAAGGAAGAAUCGAAGAAGACUUGGCAGAAGAUCGCUACCACGAAAUACGAGGUGACCCACUUGAUCGUGGCAGACUUGAAGACAGAUGUACCCUACAACUUCAGGAUAACAGCGAAGAACAGCGUCGGCACUGGACCUCCUUACGUGGCCGAAGAGCCAAUCGCGCCGGGCAAACGGCUCACACCGCCGUCGAGUCCGAAGAAUGUACAGGUGAUCAACGUUACCAGCAAGAGCGUCACGCUGUGCUGGUCACCACCGGAGAGCAAUGGCGGCACAGAACUCACAGGAUACGUUAUCGAGAAGAGACCGCUGAUCGGUAAAGGCGCAAGAUGGACGAAAGUUGUUACUUUGGACCCCACGACACUUCAAUACUGCGUCGAGAAUUUGAAAGAAAGCGAAUUCCUCUUCAGAGUGUUCGCUGAGAACAACCAAGGGCUCAGCUUACCUACGAACUCCGAGCCGGUCACCUUGAAGACACAUGCCAGCGUACCAUCACCACCGACCGCGCCAUUAGAGAUCAGACAGAUCGCAGCGCACACCGUGGUGAUUUCCUGGGGCAGACCGGAAACCGAUGGCGGCGCGCCAUUGGAAGGUUACAAGAUCGCGAUCAGGGACGCGAAGAAGACAAUGUGGAUGGAGGUAGGCAGGGUGAACGCCGACGUGCAGAAGCUGAACAUCAGGGACCUCCAGGAGAACCAUAUGUACCUGAUCAGGAUCUACGCCAGGAACGAGAUCGGCCUCAGCGAACCUCUGGAAUCCGACGAACCCUUCAACAUUCUACCUGUUUCUGAACUGGCAGUGGUGGAACCGAUCGCGGAAGCCACCGAGAAAGGUGAAACCGCGUCGGUGAGCUUCAGCACUGAGAACACGAGCUCCUGGCUCCGGGAACACAACAUGGACGCCGACAUCCACUCGUACGCGAGGGCAAGGCUUCUCCGCAAAGACGAAUACUUCUUCCGCAUUUGGCAUUACGCUAAGAGGCUCUUCGAAUAAGCAUUUCUACGAAACAACCGCGACGAACUACUUGGAGGAAACGAUCCAAAUUGUUCUUCUUCUGAUCGAGAACCACGAACAAAGAUAUAGAAGACAUAAGUAAACGCGACGAAAAAGAAUAGAAACGAAAAAAGCAAAAGUAAUCAACUUCGACAUUACAGUUCGAUCAACGAUAUAUAAAAGAAAAGAAAAGUUUCUUCCAACGAUCAACGAACGUUAGUUUCUUCUUCCACAAAUUUUGUACGGCUUCUAACAUUUUCGAUGUUGAUCUCUCACCGUGAACACCGUCGUAGACAAUACCGCGACAUCGCAAUAAGAAUAAUAAUAAUAAUAACAAUAAUAUCGAACCGCGUUUCUCUUUUGAACUUGUAGCGACCGGAUUUAAAUCUAAGAGUCGAUACUGGAUGGGUGUAGAAUCUAGUCAGCGUAGUGUUAUAUAUUUAUUUAUCAUUUUUUUUCCUUUUUCUUUCAACGGACCAAGACUUCCUUGCGCACGCAUGUUGAAUCGAAACGAAGCAACCGAAGUACACACAUGGUACUUCCACUUCUCCAGAGAGAAUCUUCUCACUAUGUACUACUCUAACUUACUAGAAUCGUGUUCUUGGAAGUUCGAGGCGAGCCCGAGGGAUCACCUCGAUGCGUUUAUCCCAAUGAGAAACCAAGAAACCGCAUUCGAAGUUCUCGCGAUAGCUUCUUCGAGUAUAAUGCAUUUCUUCAUCAAAUAUUCGAGUCGAGAGUAACCGAUAAUGAAUAAACAUUUUUAUUAAAGAUAAUAGGCGUCGCGAGAAGCUUCGACAUACUGUUUCUUCGUUUCUGUAGUUUUUCGGUUCGAUGGAACAGUCGUUAUGUAAAAUUGUCAAGCUCAAUUAUCGAUUAUAAAGAGCGAAUCGACGUGUUCCGUCGGUCCCUCGAAUUUCCGAUCAGCCAAAUAUUCGAAGGACUGUCCGCGUUUCCUCGAGACUCCUUCGAAAUGAAAUACAACCGAGAAUCGUCGACGAUCGAAUAAUGUGAUAAUCGAUCGCUCGUCGAUAAGUGUCUUCCUGUAAAGAAGUGAUUUAGGAACGAUUAAGAAUACUUGAACAACCCCCCCCCCCCUAAUUACCCGUUGUCCGAGAUACAAUCAGAUACCCCCCGAACCCUUUGUAUAUGUAUUUAUAAUAUCGCGAGCGGAAAGCAUCGUUCAGUUAUUCACCCCGAGUUUGCGAGGAUUACUUUUAGUAUUUAUUCGUAAUGUAUAAUGUAUUUUUAAUUGUUACUCGUUACCAUUACCGUUGUAAUAAUUAUUUAAUAAGCACCGGCCGGCGUUCGAUGCCGGCGGCGAACGCGACUGGUCAACAAGACUAGAUUAUUAUAAAAAAGAAAGAAGAAACGAAGCAAUGCCACGCGCGGUUGGUGUCCACGAGACGUAACAAAAUAUAGGUGCAUGAACAACAGCAACCAUUCACCAACGGCAUGUCGCAUACUUCGCGUUAUAUAUUGUAAGACAUUUUUUUUUGCGAAUUAAAUUAUUGCAAAUUCAA